UGGUUUCCAUGGACACAGUAGCUCAGACCGUCGGUAGAAGUUUUUAAAAUUGAGAAGAAACUUUCUAAAACACGGUGAGUUUGGAAUUUAAGAAUAUUUUUUAGCGUUAGGAGUUAUGACGGAACCAGAAAGUGCAGGUUUUACCAACCAGGAACACCUGAAAUGAGGUAGGUUAUAAUAAGCUACAGAGUGUUAAAGAAAGGGACAGCUUAAAGUAACGGUUCAAAAACUUCAUAAAUAACAAAGAAACGUGUUUAAAUGUCGAAAGAUGAGAUGACAUGAUGCACUGAUGAGACAUUUAGAGGAAACAUAGGUAUAGCCUAACAUGAAGAGCUAAAUGAUAUGAACCUGAAACGUUACAGCUGAAACUAUUUAGCUGUAAUUAAAUCCAAAUUGUACUUUAUUUAUUAUAGGAGAAAUACUUAAAGGUCAAAAUUUGAGAUGGAAUUUUAAAAUGAAACGUUUUAUUAUGAAAUUAAUAAUAAUAAUAAUAAUAAUGAUGAUAAUGAUUUAAAAAAGAGGGAGAAUAUUAUUAAAAAGGAAACCAUGAGUCCAAAAAAUAAGCUGGUCAUAACUAAAGGGGGGAAAAAGGGUGGAGGGUGAUAAUUUUAGAUGUAAAGUUAAAAAUGAGAUCUUUAAAGUCAUAUUUGUGGUUCAAAGACUUUGACAUAAUGUGAAAGUGAAUCAUGAUUGUGAUAAAAUGGGUCAUUACAGAAAAACUUAAAGCUAAAAUUAUGAGCUGAUUACUUUGAUGAAAUCAAGUUGAAGUUAUGAUGGAUAAUCAUGAGGUAAAAAGUUGUAAUUAUAAGAGUGUAAGUCAUAAUAAUGAGACAAGAAGUCAAAAUGAUGAGGUCAUCAUUAUGAUAAGGUCAGAAGCUUAUUACUAUGACUUCUUUAUCAUAAAUAGGGUUUUUUGUUAUUUCUCAGUUUUGAUUUAAUAUUAAGAAUUAUUCUUAGUUAAAGCUAAGUCUUGAUCUUUUUUUCUAACUGAUGUUAAUGGGCUUCUAUGGGUGAAACUUGUGACAUAUUUGUAGAGUGUAAUCUUCAUCCUUAAGCAGAGAUCACAUUCAAGCUAGGCUAAAUUUGAACUUAUGCAUGGCUGGUGUGACCCAGUACUGUCUGUAAACCUCUAUCUGAAGAAACACAAGUUUAGAGUUUUCUGCACAAGCACAGUCAAAUGCACUUUUGUAUUAAUAGCUUUUAGAUUAAGCUCUAAAUGGAUAAGGUAGCUUUUUUUAUUGCUAACAUGAUAGAGUUACAUGGUUUUGAUUAAAGAUAUUACUGAUAUUUGGUAACACAAUUCUAAAAAAGACCUUUUUGUUUCAGCCGUGAAAUAAAUCAGAGAACUGCCCCAAAUGUUUUCUUCUUACCCGAGCAGCAAGUUGGUCACAUUUUAAUUUGAGUAAAGUCAAGCUUCUUGUUGAUCCUAUAUUCAGAUGACACAAAAUGUUUAAAAGGUUGUUCUUGUUUUUUAGUGUGACACUAUCUCAGCUAGUGUUAUGGGGGUUUCAUUGAGCAGGGCAGCCCAGUGGACCACUGUCAGCCCUGGUUCCGUCAGACUGGAACCCACACCAAUGAAUGAAUCCCUGUUAAAAGAGAUCCUGCACUUUGUGGAGCGGCUCAGCUCCCAACACCCUCAGGAGGCAGAGCAUGUGUUUGAGGAGCCGCUGCAGUGGACGACCACUUUAGUGGCAUCUGAUUUCCAAACAGGCUAUGACAUCAGGUCGGUCUAAUCAGGAGGUGGGCAGCUGGCUGGCCUGUGCGCUCAGUAUUACGUGUCUUUUCAGGAUAUGCUGUCAUCAUGGUGUCCAAAUGUAUUUCACUUUGGCUUUAGUCAAAGAGUGAGCUAUAAUUAAUUUGUUUUUCAGCUUCACUUAGUCGAGAGGACAUUCCUUUUUGUUUCAUCAGAACUUCAGGUUUCUUUGCUCAUAUCUUAAAAGCAGAGAAGCACAAAAACAAAAAUACAGAAUCUGAUCUUCUCCUUGUGCUCCAGCGUUAAGAACCAAAUACAAAACACUUAAUAACACGCAUGAAAACAGAGAUAUUCUUGAAUUUUGUGUCUUUUUUUCUCAGUGACUCAGAUGCUCAGUCCCAUGAGAAAGACAGUGAAGGAUGUCCGCUGUUGCAGCUUUCUCCUCCUGUUGUUUAUGUGCGCAGCUUCAGCCAGAUCGCUAAACUGCUUCAUCUGGCAGAAAACACAAAGCUGAAGGAGGUUCAAGCUUGUCUAGAAGGUAAGUACGAUAACCACAAGAUGAUAUUUGAAUCUACUUUGCAUCCUAAGUAGUCAAGAUGCCAAAAUACCUCUAUAACUGCAGACUUUAUUUGUUUGUCCUUCCACUUAUCCUCUGCAACCAGCAAUUCAUGCUGUCAGUGGUUAUUCAUCACAGAUACACCUGGGCCAAACAGGGAGAAAAGCACAUGAUGAAUGAAAAUCAGUUUUUGGACUGUCUUUAAAGACAGAGUGUACCUUUAUUUUUUGAGAGUACUUACUAACAAAGUAAUCAUCUUUUAAACACGAAUCUUUUGUGUGGAACAGAAAAUAGAGACCCAGUAGAGAAGAUUCUGGGUCCCAGCUUUGCUGGUGUUUUGUCCAGAGAGGACGCUGGUGUCGAUGUGCUGAGUCCAGUGGACAAAGUCAAAGAAGAGAGUGACGGCAAAGACUCAGAAACCACAAUAAAGCUGCUCCCGCUGCUGCAAAACCUGGAUGACCAGCUUCUCAAGAAGUGUCUCAGAGAGACCUCAGAGUGAGUGCUCUUCUUUCUGAUUGGUUAUCCUCUCCCCCCUCUACAUGUAGUCAUUUUGGAUCUGAUCCAUCUGUGGGUUUGGAACAGAAACUGUAAGUGAGUGAGAUGAUUUUGAUGUUUGUCUUGUUUUGUUUUUCUACGUUUUCAUCAGCCUCGACCCCACCGCAGCCAAGAAAGAAGUGGAGCUGCUGAGACGUCUCUGCACUGAGCAGAGGGUGUUGAAGUCGGUUCGAUACACAUCAGGUUUGAAUUAUCUCCACAUUUCACUUGGUUAGAAGGAGAGCUGUUAUUACUAACACUAAGGCUGGAAGUAUGAAGGAGUCUGUCCCCACAGAGUGAUACUGGACAGUAAAUCUAUCCUGCCUGGAGUCCUGUGUCUUUGUCUGCAACACAACAUGAUUUCUGACUUCUGACUUUAUUUUUCUUUUCUUGUCAGAUUAUGAGUUUUCAAACGGCUGUCGUGCUCCUCCGUGGAGACAGGUGCUUGGGGAGAUCUGUUACCUGGUGAUUGAGCCGUGUGAUACUGAGGCGCUCUACAUCACCUAUAGCACUGCUGGAGUAUUUCUGAAUGGGGUAGGAGGAUGGAGCAUUGUAGAGUACACUAUCUAAUAUGGAAGUGAAAUAGCUGACCUGUGGGUCUAAAUUUUGACUAAGGUCAUGAAGUUGUGCGGUCUGUCCAGCACUAGUGCCCUCAAUACUAGAGAUGGGAAUCAAAACCUGGUUCUAGAUAAGAAGUGGUACCAGCUUGUUUGAGCCAAAUUGUCCUGACUGAACUGUGUGUUUCUGUGAAAUCUAAGACUUUUCUGUCUCACAGAGGAGAUCUGUGUAUUUUAGGGACUGUCCAGAUAAAAGCUUAUCGAUUCACAUCUACUAGAUGAAUGGAAACUUUUGAGAAUUCUUAGAAAGACGCAGUUAUAACCAGGUCACAGCAGACAGAUGCUUUAAGAAGCACUGACACUAUACAGUAAGUUUCUGAACAACAGUUGUAAUUUUGGAAAUGUUCAUUUAGCAGCAGAGAAACCAGCAGAGAGCCAAUGACUGCAAACAGAUCAGAGUUCAGCAUGAGUCCCUCUGACAGCCACGAGUCUCUGUGCAUCGCUCCAGCUGGAAGGAAAACCAUGUUGAAAGAAAACACAGCGGUCUACAACAUAACCACUCCCAGUAAUAAAACAAAGACUACAGUCUAACAUUACGUUUACCAUCCAUACAGCGUGAGCACGUGCAACACCAUAACCAGCAGAGUUUAAAAGUUAAAGAUAUCACAUUACAGCCCAUGGUGUUUCUUGAUGCUGUUGAGGAUUUUUAAUGUAAGGAGAGUUUCUGUUGAGUCAAACAGGUCUGUGUUUGAUCAUGAUCAAAUGUCAGAUUAGACUUCAGCUCAAAAUUUUCAUCUGUGUUUAUAAAAUAAUCUAAAUUUGUUUCAUGUAAAUAUCAAAUAUGAGGCUGUAAGUGUAUGCUUAGUGUAAAGCCUUACAGAGAAGGUCUAAAAGGCAGGAAUCCUCAUCAAAUGUGUUAGCAAUCAUUCCUCAGAGUGACUUUUUCAUAGUGCAGCACCUCUCACUCUCUCUGACUCUGUAGGUUUCCUGCCUCUGUUUCUUCACCUGGAAACAGUUGGACAGAGGGGGAAAAACUACAACCUUAAACCAAACGAUCGACACUUGAUGCAAAUGAAACCUCAAAGAGCAGCAGUGUCUUACACCUAAUUUAGCGGUUUACAUGGUUUUACACUUCCUCUCUGAGGCGGCCUGCAGAUACUCUGAGCCUGCUAACACUAGAUACUCCUGCUGACAUGUGGAUCACAUUGUUACUGUGGUUAGUAGAAUUAAUGAAGCUGUUUUUCACUUUGUUUUCACAGCGAGUUAAAGAGGAGGGGGAGGAGGACGGCUAUGAGAGAAGGAGUGAUGUCUACAAAGACCUGCUGACUCUCCUGAAGAGCAGAUCUCCACAGUUUGCUGAAAACAUGAAGGAGCAGGUACACACACACACACACACACACACACACACACACACACACACACACACACACACACACACACACACACACACACACACACAUAGACCUCCUCAUAUUUUCUUGAAUUUAACCUUCAGAGUUCAGCUUUGUGGGUGUUAAUGUGUCUCUGUCUAAUGAACCAGGUCCUCCUCUUUAACUCUGGUUUGAUCAGAGAUGUUAUGUGACUCAUGUCCAUUAACAGUCAGGAUCAUGUAAUCAGUGCCAGUGCUGCUCUAUGCUUUCAGCAAAUCUCUGCUCGUUACUAUGUUGAAAAUCCCUGAAGCGACCUGCACCGUGUUCCCAGCAUCAAAAACAGCCACCAUCUCACCCACCACACACCCCCUGACCCCCCCCCCCCCCCCCCCACGACCCCCCAACACCGCGACCCCCCAACACACACACACACACACACACACACACACACACACACACACACACACACACACACACACACACACACACACACACACAGGCUUGUUUCCAGACGCCGGAGUUUGUGUGAUUUUGUCAGUCCUGCUUUAGCGAUUUGACGACUUGACAAAUCUUUUCAGUAAUAGAUUCCAGCUGCAACCCAAAAUCUGUUUAUCAUUUUAGAUAUGAUCACUUUUUCUCCUUCAGGCUGAUGUUUGCUGGAAAAUACGGCAUCAUCACAUGAGAAUCAAAGCCUUUCAGACCACUAAGUAAUCACUGCCGGCUCAGUGUGGUUAUCAAUUUUCUUUGGUGAGAGGAAGAAAGGCACAGAGUUUAUCCUGAAAAAAUCACAUCUACUUUUCUGUUUGUAAUGAGGUCACUCUCACAGGAAUAACACAGCACAGAGGCAUCUCUGCUGAUUAUUGUUUUUCUUUUGAGUUUGUCUUUUCAAGCCUGUUCAUCUGACAGAGCUGUUCUGGAUGGGAGGAGGGCUGAGUUUACGGAACUACAAAGACAUGGCUGAGGUCUGUUCCUCUGUUAAACUUUAAAGCCUCUCUUUGUACAGCGAUCGGCAUGAGCUGUGCCCUGUGUAAAGUGAUAAUCAGCAGGUGUUAGCUUGCUUACAGUGUAAACUUAGAUGGGGAACUUGAUUCAAGUUAUACAGACGAUUCAUCUAGCCAACUAAUGGCAUUUUGACAUAAACAGUGGUGAACAGGCUUCAGCCCUCCUACAGCAGAUAUCACCAUCAUCUUUCUAAAUAAAAACUGCAUUUAACAGCAAAUCAAAUCGAAGACUCUCCAAUGUUUAACAUUAUUCUGUUAUUAUGUAAAGGAUAAUGUAGUAUAAUUAUCAUACUGUAAAUAUUCACCAUGUAUAAUUUUUCAAUCUUACUGUAGUCGGAUAGGUGGACAGAAAAUCAUAUGUCUCUUGUGGUUGUAUUUUACAGAGCCAAAUAUUUUUCCAUCAAUAUUAAAAAAGAAACAAAAAAACAUUUCUUAAUUCACAAUUCUGAUAUCGGUGGACCACUACUCCAAAGAUCAUCGCAUUAGCAUCAUCACAGCUUUGUUGACUUCUUAACUGGUUAUUUAAGUGAAGUAUUUGUCCCACAGCAGACCUUUAUCUAUGUAUGAAUUGUGAAAAUGAAAAUUGUACUUCAACUUCCCUCAAUAGUUUGUUUAAUUGAAAAUACUACGAAGGGCCUCCAGAUUUUUCUGUCAGUCUGGGUCACCUGUCGAGUAGCUUAGCAUGAUUAGCAAAACUUUUUAUGUGUCUAAAACUGAUGUCUGUGAAAACCCUCAUUUUACCUCCUCUGGCUAAAACACUUUCUUUUGGCACAGAUGGGUGUGUUACUUUUUACACAGCUUCACAGUCACAUAUCCACAACUAGCUGCCAGUUCAUCCAUGUUAGCAUUUAUAAGCUGAAGAUGUUACUAUUUACACAGCCCCAUAGUCCUGAAACAAGCUGAAAUCUCCCCCAUUAGCCGCAUAAACUGUAUGUUACCUUGCAGAUUAACAUUUUAUGCAGACUGGAAGUCAAAAAAUAUAUUCACAAUAAUGUUUUUGCAGAAAUGUCUAAGGCUAGUGUCCUGUUUUGGUUUAAAAAAUGUAAAAUAGUUGAUGUUUAGCGUUCUGACAGGAGUCUGAAUUAUCUUAUGAUUAAGAAGUAAGUGAUAUUUCAGAGGCAGGAGUUUUGUCUUUUUAGAAAUAGAACUGUACAAAGACUUCCCUGUGAGUGUUGCCUUGUCUGUAGAAAUGUGCCUCCACAGUGUCUAUGAGGUUUUGAUUGGUCCCUGUGAUUCCCUGAAGAUAGUAUAAAGAUGUUUUAGUGUUAGGAAUGUGGUUAGAGAAGACUUUAAUAAACCAAUGAGCAGUGCCAGGCCGAAGGGUGUGAAAAAACAUCCAGGCGUUUAUAUUUUAUGGGCAGUGUGUGAAGAGUGAUGCCCUCAGACUGAAGGAUCUUAAAGUGAUGGACAGCUGCAGUAAAAAAAAAUUACUGUGAAGUCGUUUGAAGAGGCACAAAUCACUCAGAUUCUGAGUCUGCUGGAUUGUCUUUGAUAUUCAGCGUGUCCUGAUGCUUCAGUUUCUCGCUAAUCAUCCUCAUAUGAAGAGGUCAACUCGAAAACACAACGCUUUGAAACUCGUGAUUGAUUUCUGAUGACAGCAAUCAAACGGAGCAACAGGCAUCCUUUUCCUAAGACAUUUAGUAAUUUCGUUCAUUCUUGACAUAAUCCUUUCAGCUGUAAUUUGAAGGCUCAGCGUUCACGCCGUCUGUCAGAAACACUGUCUCUCAUAUCUGCAGCUCUGUCUCCUGAUUGCAGCUCAGAAAACUGAACCUGGAAAGUGAUAGCCAAAGAUAACAACACCUAAUCUCCAAACAUAUCUGCAUGUAUUCCCAGAGUGAGGAAGCCGCUCUUUCAAACAGUUCCAUGACAUGAGACAGCUUCAAUCAAACAGGCGGAGGCAGCCAGAGGAGAGGAGGCUGCAGCUCAGAGGAAAAAGACUGGCCUCCUCUGCUCUGGGCUGUGGAUUCAUUUUGACAUCACAGCGUGAUUGGAAAUUGGACAUGCUGCGUAUUUGCAUGCAGAAAGUCCUCACUGAGAAGCAGAGAACUCCCUGGUCGUAGAUUUGUUUUCCUUAUUCACAUCCUGAAAUUAACAUGGACGGUCUUCCUGUCAGAGUCAGUCUGGAGAAACUUCUUGAAUCUCGCCACUGACAGAUAUUUUAUGGCCGAUGGCUCCAGAUUUGCUGCCCUGUUGCUUUUCCAUCAGCAUGGAUUAAGAAAUUACAAACACCCCUACCACAAACACAUGUAAAUAGUUAAGGUUUUAUUAGUGAAUGUUUGGAAAAAUGACAAUUGAAAGAAUGAGGCUUGCUCAGGAAUGUCACUUGCUAUAAAGCCCUGAGCCGUCAGUCCUGUUGAACACCAAGCUUUUCUGCAGGCCUGCAGCACUUCAGAUGCAGAGUCACCUGUAAGAGCUCUUUUUACUUUUUACUGCAGCAUGUCCAGGACUUUGGAGAGUUUCCUCCUGUAUGAGCACAUGGACUUUAUCCAUUUCACAUCUAAUAGAAUUUAACCUGGUUUGUUAGCCUAAUAAAGUCAGACUGAGGGUCUGAGGCUGGGUGAGUUGACUUGUAUGUUGCCAAUAGCAGGUCACUUUGUGUUUCAUGAAAAACAAGUCAUUGGAAAGUGAUCAGGCAAGCUUGGCUGCGGGAUCUUAAUUCUUUUUCCUCCAGCCCCUAAAACCUGUCAAGCCCCUAACAAACAAUGACAGUCUGAGCUGUUUCUGCAGAGCAGGUGUCUGUGAUUAAAAACGCUCCUGCCUCCAAACCAUUCAUAUGUGUCUUAUUGGCAAUCAUGUACAGGCUGUUAAAUUGGUAUAAAGACCUUCAAACCUUAAAAAAAAAAUUAAAAAAAAUCUAAAUAACAACGGCACAAAGGCGUUAUUUUGUCAGUGCCAAGCUGUACAGUUAUAUGUGGAGGAAUGUACAGAAACAAUAAACUUCUGAUAUUGUUCAGCCAAUCAACAGAGAGGGACAGGGUUUAUUUUAAGCCCUGGGUAAAAAGUGUUAUUUUACUCAAAAUCCUCAAUAAAGAGCGGAUUGUUCCUCAGGCCUGCACAAGGCUUUUAUAGCAGUUUUAUGUUUUUCAUGCGUCACUGAUGCUGCUCUGUAGUUUUAUAUUCUUUUUGGGGUUCACUUGCCAAUACUUUACAUUUAAAUCUAAUUUGUCACAAAUAUUCUGGAGAGGGUUAUCAUGUCAGGUCGUUGUUGAAUGAAUAAGACCCACAUCUUCACAACAAAGUGAAGUGAACAUUGCAAUGGUUAUACUUUACAAGCGCCAUUCAGAGGAAUUUAUAACCUAGAAACAUAUGGUUUUCAAAUUGAUUGUAUAUCUCCCCAACAGAAAUGUAGAGCAAACUGAAAGAGGACUUUCUCCUCACUCUGUAGCUUUUGUCUUUUUCCACUUACCAACAGGAUCCUGCAGCUCAAGAGCUUCCAUCAACACAACAGAUCCAGCAUGUGGAACCGGUUGAUGUGAAGGAACAAGGCCAACCCCAGAGGUCUUACCAGCAACAGGAAAAGAAUGUGCAUGAGAAGAGGAGACAACACACGCCGCGCAAAACAGGCGGCAGGAGGAAAUAUGAACCCUGUUCAAGAUGGAGGGAUCUCCGUCUCAUUGCACCAUGUGGGUAUGUGAUAAUCCUCGCUGUACGAUGUGCUCUGUAGUGUCGUCAGACUGAAGUGUGCCCCGGGAAUCCCUCUUGUUAAAGAGAUGAGCUGUGCGUGAUGGUGAUGCCAAGCCUUCGUCACAUGUCUGCCAGCAUCCCAGCAUUCAAAGACAGGGUUAUAUGCUUUAUACAUCUCAGGGUAACUGCAGAUAUUCCUAAUUGCACUUUGAUCUGAGUUAAUAACUUUGUUAGCGGUGCUGAGACCCGUUCUGCUCAGUUACAGACAGAAAUCUGGGGAAAAAGUCUGAGAAAAAAAUCCCUAAGUGAUCUAUCACAUAUGGUCUCUGAUUGAUAAAUAGAUUGAGCAUGGGCUGAGCUGCUGCAGCUGUACCUUAUGAUAACUGUACCCAUUUGAAGAGAAGCUGGCUCGAGAUAAAAGUCUCUCUAUUGAAAGAAAAUACCGGCUGAACCCUUGUCUCAAAUUGUUAAAUAAUGAUUAUGUUAGGAAAAUAACCAUUUUCAAAAUAGAAGUGGGCAUAAUGGCUCUUAUUUCACAUCAUUACAGGAAAGCAGAGGAAAAGAAAAGCAGUAAGAGCUCUGCAGAGAAGAAAUCCAGUGAAAUCCAGAAGAAAAAGUCUGCAGCGGGAGCCAAGAGCAAGACGAAAUCCGAGUUUUCUGCAUCCUCUUUACCUGUCCUACGCCUGUCCUCCCAAAUUAAAAUGUUAGUAUCUACGCUUCAUGUCAGAUCCUGUCAGGAGUGUUCCUGUGAGAUCUGUAUGAGAUUCAGGAGCUGAAAUAACGAGCUGAAAGAUGUUUCUUUUUUCGCAUGGUUGCACAGAAAAACCUGCAGAAAAAACAAACGUACGUAUUUGUUUUUUCCUCCUCCACUUCUUCAGCUGCAUCUGCCAACAUCCACACACUGAUAGCAUCAUAAAUCAACGCUCUGUUUACUGAUAGCUCUCUGUGCAGCUCAUCACUUAGUGUAAAGGCCAUAAAGACCCCGGGGUGCAUCCACUCAGUCACAGCUCUGCGCACCACCCAGGAAAAUGCUCUGGUCUUCCUCUUCUUUGGCGUAUAUCAUGUGGGUUUGUGGAAAACAUUCGCUCAUAAUGCUGGCUCCCUCUGAUAUUAAGCUCCCCUGGCAGUGCUGUUCCUCCAUACAUGGAAACUGUCUCUCAGUGGCCCCAUUUGAUUGUGUACCAAAUUUCAUUGCUGCGCAGCGCACAGAUUUCAUGAUGCUGUGAUCCAAGUGGCCGAAGCUGCUCUGAAAAUCCAUCUGCUCAUUUGUUUGCAUCGAGCCUCUGCUCUGUGUUUGAUGAUGACUCCAGCCCUCUCAUGACCUUUUUCAGUCUCUACUCUCUGCUACUGAGGUUCUGAAGAGGUCAGAGCACUUGACACUUGAAAAACCUAAUCUUUGAAGUAUCUCCUCAUGUGGGAUGAUCUGGCUGUUUUUUCAUCUAAAACAGGAAAAGAGAUUUGCUGAUAUCAUAUUCCUCUCCUUUUGUCUGCUUGUGUAUUGUCUGGUUGUUGUUCUAUCUGCUCAGUGUGAUGUGAGGCCUGAAGUGAUCUGCUAUCUGCUCUGUUUGUUCAGUAAGACCCCAGCAGGAGCCAUGCAGGACGCCUACAGUGAGAGUUCAUCUGAGAGCGAGGAAGAGGAGGAGCAGCUUGAGCGACGACCAGAGAGCAACACAGACCUGCCGUCCGAAUACUGGCAGAUCCAGAAGCUGGUCAAAUACCUCAAGGUACAAUAACUCUGCCCCGCACCUGAUAUGCAGUCAGAAAAGUGCAGAUAAUGAGAUGCAUAAUGAGACCAUAUAUCACACACAUACACGCACGCACGCACGCACACACGCACGCACGCACGCACGCACGCAUAUACAUACAUAUAUAUAUAUAUAUAUAUAUAUAUAUAUAUAUAUAUAUAUAUAUAUAUAUAUAUAUAUAUAUAUAUAUAUAUAUAUAUAUAUAUAUAUAUAUAUAUAUAUAUAUAUAUAAUAUACAUAUAUAUGCUCACAUGGAUGGGGGUUGUUUAGAUGUUUGAGGGUUUUCUUAAAGUACUUCAAUUUGCUUUAUGCUUUACUGUACUCUGUAUGAUUUAACAUUGCUUUAAGGGGGUAUAUAAAUGAUCCCCCCACCCCACCAGUCUUCCAGAGAGUAUAGGACCUGCCUGUAGAUUCAGAGAACCUCUCCAAGCAUGUGCUCAGUUGGAAGUUGGACCCCAGCUUGAAUCUCAGCUGAUUGAAUAAAUUAAGUGAUCUUACCAGCAAAGGUUGCCCUUCAUCCUUAAACUUCGCCAUGUCCUAUUUUCAAACUUUAUAAACUUUAUAGAAAGACUUGUGUUGUGUGAGAUAUCAAAACAAAAAGCAGAGGUAAACAUCCAACUUAGCAUGUGCAGUCAGUGACACCUCUGUUGGCACAUGCCCAGUGCGGGGCUGAGGGAUUCCAGACUGAUUCCAAACUUUACAAAUUUAUGUUAUUUAACUGAAUUUAAAGUUUGUAAAAACAAAUAGCACCAAGAACAAAUUUCAAACUUAUAAGAUUAAAGAUAUAACAUUUGAGGGGUAUGAUCAAAACUACUUUGUACAUUAAAAUAUCAAACCAUCAAACAGUCAACACUAUUUUAACUGUGAGAGAGAAAAAAUGAUCUAGGGACAAAUUUUGCUGACAACAUCACUUUAUUUCCUAGUAACAGCAGAGAUCCGAGCAAAUGUCCAACCUACAGCUAUGCCCACACUUACAGAGGGCAAACUGUAUGCACAGAAGAUAAAUAGGACCCUCCCUUACAAAGAUCAAAUUUGACCUGUGUGUACACAGGUCAAAUGGGACCCUCCCUUACAGAGGUCACACUGUGCCUGCAAACAGAAAUAUUGCAGCUGCUGUUUGUCUGUGUAGUCAUAAAGGUUGGAAACUCCUGCUUAAGUCCUCAUUAUUGCGGUUAGUUUCUAGAUAUGGUGAACUCUGCCUCCGUUCUUGCUGUUGACCUUCUGCUGUAUUAGUCAGUCAGUGUCCCUCUUGAGGGGAGGAGGCUUUAACACUAACACUUUAACGCAGUAAAACCUUAGUGUGUUGUAAGCAUAUUCCUUUAUAACCCUCAAUCUCUACAUUAGACAAUCUUCUGUUUUUAACUGUUUGAGUUUAUUUGCUCCACUUCAAAACUUCAGACUGGUUUAGUUUAAAAGAAGCAAAGGAUGAUUGGAGCUACAUAAGGCAGGCUGUGGCAGAUAAAGCCCGUUGAAGCAUCUAUUUGAAGCUUAAAUAUCAGUUACCUUCCUUUUAUAUAAGACAUAAAGCCACCGUACUGAAUAUUUCAAUUAAUUUGGACUCUAUGUUCAUUUACACUCAAGAGGCUCAUGGUUAUUAACAUAGUCGGACGGAUGUAAAAGUUACCUGGUGUGACUUUUUUUUGGUCGCCUUUUUCCUCUCUAAUUUUUAAUAACCAAUAAUACACCAGUUUGAUGUUUUGAAGACGCAAAAACUGCAGUGCAAGUGUUAAGGGGACUUCCUGCAAUCUGAUGGUUAUUUCUGAUCUGAUUACAUCCUUUUCAUCUUUAUAAUCAAGAUCGAGCUGCACCCACCUCCUAAUUCUGAAAGAGAAAACAUCUUUGGUUGCACAGACACAGAUACUUUCUGAUCCCUUACAAACAUGUGAUGGUUACAGAGUGUUGCAGCAGGAAACAGUGAAGAGUGGCUCUUUUCCUGUCUUCCAGACAGGAAUUUUGACGUUGUCCCCAGUUUGUAUUUAACUUGUCAAGUGUGGAUGCAGGAAGGAGCUGGUAUUAAGAAAAGUAAUUUUCUCAUCACAUCACCCCGCCAUCAUGUCAGCUCUGUCCGGGUCACGUUGUCUUUUCGGGGUGUUAGAUAAAAUGGAGCAUGGGUUGCUCCUCAUUUUAGUGGCACUUUGCAGGAGGAUGCUGAUUGAAGUGGUGAAGUGGAUUCCUGGUGGCCUGUUUGGAUGCACAUGUGGACCAAAGCACAGGCAAAGAAGCUGUCUGAUGGCAGCAGCUGUACACACUGUUUGCCCUCACCACAGCAGAAGCAUAAAAAUGAAGCGCUCCCUGUGAUAGGUCUGACAGCACAUAUGGUGAAUAUUAAUAUGUCCAAACAUGGAGGAAUGAGAAGAGGAGCUCCAGGGACCCAGACUGGCUGGGAAUACCUCAGACCACAUCAGAGAUCAGCCUACCUUACUCAGUCCUCCUUAUUAUCUCUUUAUCUGGACUGUUUCAUUCAGACAGAUGAGAUUAAAACAGGCCGAGUUCACUUUGUUCUGACACGAAGCUAUGUGGUCAUCUUUCACAAACCUGUCCCCUUUUAUUAAACAGCAGAAACACUUAAAACUGCUUCACCUUUAACAACUUUUAACAGGACAGAGGAAUCUGCAUCAUGUAGCUAAGGGUAUUUUAUUUUCUUAGUGCUGCAGCAGAUUGUGUUUUGUGGCUAAAAACGAAUGCUCAUAGUGAAACCAAGUAAAUCUUUUAUAGAGAACUCUGCCCUCUGUCCAACUCCACUUAGAUAUUUUUGGCUGAGCAAAACAGAAAAUAAUAGAAGGAAAUUCCUGCUCUGAAUGCAUGCUGUUGUUCUUUUCCAGAGAGGAAAAAAGAUAUGAAAUAGGCUGAUUUAGAUUAAAAAAAGGAUCACUGCUCUGCAUGUGACAUAUUCUUCAGUGUGAUUCGGUAGUAAAUGUUCAUUUUGAGCACAUUCUUGCUUCACAAAGAUGCAGCUCUGCAGCACAAACAUGUCCCAGCUUUUCUAUCUGUCUGGAAAGCUCACUGCAGAGUUAUUUAUGGGGUUUGUUCAGUAGUCAUUUUAUAAUAUCAUUACCAUCAGAGGCAGAAAGUCAUGGUGAGCCAAGUUAAAUAUCUGUUUUAUUUUAGGAGGAGCUCUUUUUCCCCUCUUCUCCUCGCUCUAUAGACAGCCGUUUGUACUUGAGGAAGUCCAACACUUUUACUGAUGUUCUGUUUUGUGUUUUAAUGAUAUUUAUGUUUGCCUAACUUCUGAUGGGUUUGUUUUUCUACUUGUGUGACUGCAGAUCUGUGUAAUGCAACAUGUUCACACAGCCUCUCACAGCAUGUAGGUAUAAGGCUGAGUCUAGUGCGUCUGAGUUUCUACAGGAGUUUUAUGUCUGUGUGGGUACAUCAAUAACACACAGACAUGGAAAAAGACAUUUUACAUCGAAUGCAUCAGUGCCAUAUUAUAGGCAACUUUUUAUCAUACUUAUAUUUGGACAUGUAUACUUACAGGCUGUACUGAUAUACGGUCAUACAUAAAACAUACAGACCUUCACUGCAGGGCUCCUCUGCAGUUUGGAAAAGUCAAGAAUUUAAUUUUAGUUUAUCCAGAGCUGCAUAAGCAGAAAAUAAGAGGGUACAGAAAAGGUCCUGCUUUUCAGACAGUUGACCCAUUCUGCUUUUUUCAGUGAUUUUAUAUAUACUCUUAAACUCCUGUUUAGCUUCCUUAAAUAUAUAUAUGUAUGAGCUUUGUUACAAUUUAGGUGAAAAGACUGUUUUCUAUAAGGAUCACAUGUUCAUUGUUUCAUGGGAGAAAAGUGAAUCAACAAAGCUGCUAAGACAAGUGAAAAUCCAGAGGUUUGCACAGAAAGUCUAUGAAGGAGCUCAGAAAUGUGUGUUAAUAUUUAAGGAUGUGAGUAAAAAACCUCGUCCAUAUUUAAUACAAAACCAACUCAUUGGAAAUAAUAGGUCUGUUAUUUCUGAAUUGAAUUAAACUUAAAUUUUCAUAGAUUUUUACUUGGGAAACCAAAAACCCAGAAAACCACCAAUAAACAAGCUAUAGAAACAUAUCUGUAACUUCACAUUAAACAUCAAACAGUAGCUCAGGAUUUCACUUGUUCUCAUCUAUAAACUCACCUGCUUUAAAUCAGGACAGGUGUCAAUAAGAGACAAACUUUGAUGAAUCUUGAAUGAAACUGGCCAAGUAAAACCAGGGAUAUUUCAGUCACGAAAAAACAAGACAAGAUUAGAUUUCUACAUAAUUAAACAUUUUUCCAUCCUGAAAGACUGUGUCUUUGAUCUAAAAAGCUCUUUGCUUGUAUUUUACAUAAGAUGGGUUAUGAUGUACACAAUGAUGCAGAGUGAAAAUCAGUCAUGUUUUAAAAUGUCAAGCAUUUUAACAGGCUAAGAUAACCAUAAAUAUAUUAGAUUGUCUUGACUUUCUCUUGUUUUUUUCCUUUAAACCCAAAUAUUCAAGUUGUAUCUUUGUCUUUAAUAAUUGCAGUGGCUAGAACAGAAAACAGGUGUCUCUAUUUUUAUGGUUGUUAAAGCAAUUUUGUUUCUCAUUUCUCAGUAUUUUUAUGAUGUUUCAUUUGAUUAAUUCCAAAAACUAACAGCAUGAUGAGGCUUUUCUGGGCUAGUGGUCUAUGUGUGUGCCUCGUAAACAGAGGACAUGUGGGUUUGCUUCCAGCCUGUGGCUCCUUUCUUGAACAUUCCUCUCUCUCUUCUGUUACCCACUCUGUCCUCUGUCUUAAUGACAUAUUGACCAUACUGGCCAGUCAUCUGUCAUUUCCAAAAUCAUUGUAGUCUCUUCCUGCUAUUUUUGUUGCAUAAACAUGAUGGCCCAUCAGCAUUCAGAGGUCUUUGUGUUCUCCAUGCCUCUAUGGUGGUCAGGAGUUUUUAAACUAGCCUCUGUUUCCCAAUUCAUAAAAAUGUUCAGCUGCACCAGACCAAGGAGCAAAAAACCUGAGUUAACGGAGAAAGUUCAAACCAGAUUUGUGGAACCAGGUUUCUCUAGUACAUUUAAGAAAGAAAGAAAGAAAGAAACUUUAUUGUCCCAGUGAGGGGCAAUUAUUUUUGCAGCAUGCAGUAAUAAAAGACAAGUACAAUAGAAAAACAACACAUCAUUCGAAAUCAUUCGCAUACACGAAGGUGUACAGAUUCUCAGGAUGGCGAGUCACAACAAGUUGUUAAAGUUGUUUAUUCAAAGAAAGUCUGGGUGCACCAUCUCUGGUUUUAUGACUUCAUCAGAAUUAUAAAUGUGACCCGUGUAUCCCUCUAUGUAUAAUUAUGUAUCAUUCUACACGUUACCCCAAUGCUUCUGUUGGUCUGAAUCUGAUACCCAGCUUUUCUGUGUACAUUUUGAUUUAUUCCUUAAACAUACCAAUCAAGUAUCCAGUCUUUUCCCACCUUGUUUUGUAUCUUGUCUGGAGCUGUGCAGCAUGAUAAUACUUCUGCCUUUCACUUUGUUAGAUAAGCUAAAGCUUGUUGAAAUAGUGAGUAGAGAAAGCCUUUACAUGCUCAGUGAAUUCACUGAGUAUGUCAGUGUCCUUUGAGUGUUGUGACUGGUUGGAAAAGGACUAAAUUCCCAGCUGCUGUUAAUCAUAUUGGCUCGUAAGUUUCUAAACAGAAAACAAUUUUCAUAUUUUUCCUCUUAUAAAUAUUGUGUCUGAUAUUAAAUAUCUUACUGGUUAACAUUUAAACAUUUAAAUAUUUUGUUUAAAAAAAAAAAAAAAAUUCCUAACAUAGAGUUCAGAAUGUUUUUCAGGAGUUUCACCGAUUUUGUAACCUUUUUUUUUUACACCAAAAGGCAGUUUUCCUGCAGCUGUAAAUUUACCGUCAGAAUAUGUAAACAAACAGAGCUGUGUUUAGUGUUCAGCCCUCAUUAAGGUUGCACCCCCUCUGCUGGGCGGUGAUGGUACUGCAGCACGGUCCCUCUCUAGUGAAAUGUUCCGUCUCCACUGAAGAAAAGCCAGAACCAGCUCAUUUCUCAGCUGUUUGCAUCUGAUUAAAGAGCAUUUAAAAUACUUCACAACUACAUCAGUCAGUAAAACUGAUUCAUUUAGUGCUAUUACAGAAAAAUAAAAUGUAAAAGUAACUGAAUCGUUUUACUCUGAAAGACCUUUUUAGUUCACAGAUGUUCUGGCAUGCCCUGAUCAGAGGGUUUAAUGUUAGAAGUUAUCCUCUGUCAGAUAUGGAGCACCAAACAAACUUGUGAUCAUCCACUCAGUCUUUGCUCUUUCUUAUAUAAAUCAAAGCAGACUGGGUGUCAUCUGCCUGUCAUCAGUAACUAUCCUUCUGUCUGUUGCACAUAAGUAUGAAUGCAUCCUCUGUGCCUCCACCUAUUCUUCCACCUUACAAAGAAAUUUGUAAUGAGCAGCACAGACAUGCACUGAAGUUAAUGCAAAAUAAUAUUAUUGCUCAGCCUGAGACUCCUGCAGUAAGAAGACAAAUGUGUGAAGCGUCUGAGGGAGUUUACCUCCUGAAUUGAGUAAAAGACCUUACACUGAGAAAUCAAUAUCAGAUUUAAUCACCUAAUUCAGACAUGGUGUUUAAACUGCUUUUUAUUCUGAUGGAUGAGCUACUUUAAAUAUACAUUUCUUUCUUUCUGUUGAAUUACUCAAUCACCAUUUUGUUUCAGAUUCAAUCUUUGUGGUCACUGAUGUAUAAACAGUUAAAGAAUCUUAAAGGCGAAAAUUUUAUAUUGCUGUCUCAAUAUACCAGUUUGAUGAUAACCUUCCCUCUGGAAAAAUAAAAUAUUGUUAAUGUGCUUAAAAUAAAUGAUACUCUUAUUUCAUAGUCAAACUCUUGUCUACACACGUCAUUAACAAGGAGAGAGCGGAAACAGCAGCUGUCAGCAAGCUAGCUUUAGCAUCACUCAGAGAGAUGAUUACACCCUUUUAUAAACUGACAUCCAAAAACUUGUUUUAUAUUCAAAAACAUUAGAGUUUGUUCCUAUACAGAUACUGAUCAACUGAACAUUUAUAUUUUGUAAAUGUUUUUUUUUUUUUUUUGCAUGCAUUUUUUAAGUCUGCAGCAUGACAACAUGUUUGAGUCCUCCUCUUCAGCUUCUAAGUACUCAAGCAGUCCAUGCACAAGUCCAAGUCAAGUGGCAGGUCCUGAAAAUCAAGACUCAAGUUGGACUUCAGCAUUUCAGCGCGAAAGCACUAAAAAGAAAUCAAACUCAAUAUUAGUGAUUAUUGAUGAUGGAAAUGCCAGGGCAGUAGGUGAGGGUCUGCAGCAUCUAGACUGAGCUAAUGUAUCCCAGCCAAAACGGUGCACAGAUAUUAAACUCCUUUUUCCAGUAUCUUGUUCUGGGUGGAGGAGCGGUUGAAUUAGUUCCACUCAGAGCAUCUGCCCCGAUCAUGCUCACAGAGUCAAAUAUCUUUCACCAUAAAAGACAGUCAGAUGUUCCCAGUGUUUAAAAGAAUGUCGACAGCACUUGAGGAGCAGAGCUAACAGAAAAUGAAAGCACAUGAUCUGUUUUCUGUUCUCUCGCCUCUCACUCCUGAACAUAGCUUUUCCCUUUUUUUGGUGUUUUUACAAGGUACGAACCUCGCCGCCCAGUCCUUUGAAGAGUGAGAGCGGAGGACAUAAAGGAAGCAGCGGAUCCUCUGCUGUUAAUGGGUGAAUGGUUCACAUUUAGGCUGCAUCAUGAUAUGGAGAACACAUGUGGCUGUCAGCCCGCUGUGUCAGAGCGCUGCUUUGUGAAGUAGAUCUGAUCAAACACUUGAGUUUGUGCUGGAGUUUUACACUGAUGAGGCGGCCCUCCAACAGCUGCCUGAAACACAUUAUAGGUCCUGUUAUUCUUCAUACACGCAGACUAUUUUCUACUCAUGUCAGUAGCUGAUAGCUGGGUAACUUACCUUCUCAUGUUUGGUUGAAAAAAUCCACUUAGGAUAUUAAAGUAUAAAACGGUUUUUGAAGUGUGUUAGUAAUAAAAGCACAGAGUUUGGGUUUGUAGAUGUGGCCUUGAAUCUGCUGAAUGGGGAUCUUGUCUGUAGCACAUUCAAACCACCGUGAAACAAGAAUAAUGUUUGACUGUUCACAUGCCAGGGGAUUUUGGAGUGGACGUUUCAGUGUCUCAUAUCAAAGCAGUGCAGCAGAGUUAGUGUUACAGCAGCUAAUGUCACCGCUUCUACCAUGAGCUUCUGUUUUAUCUGAAUACUGACUUUUCCCUUCAUACUAAUCAAAACCAUCAAAUGUCAGCAGGAUUUGUCCUUAUCCAAAGAGUAUUAGGGCCAAAGAGGAGACCAAAUGGUUAAAGGGAAGGCUUCCUUUACAAGAUUUCAUAUCUCUGCACACUGAAUCCAUUUCUCAGGAUUUUAGGAUUAGUAGUCUGUAAGAAAUCACAAUCAAAUUUCUUGUGCAUUAACCAUAAAUUGGUUAAAUUUCAUGUGAUGAGCAAAGCUCAUAGGAUACUAUAAGAGUUUAAUACAAGAGUGUAAAGUCACCAUUUAGCAGACAUCAGCUAUUUUUCAGUCAGGACCACUUUCAUUAAAAGAAUUACUUACAUGUUAAGUUAUAUUUACGGCUCUUCUCAUUUUGCUGCAGGACAGAAAGAUUCAGAAGAUCUUUUGUGCCCACAGCCAUUAGACUUUAUAAUUCUUCUGUAAAUAGUAGACGACUUUUUGAGACAUGACAAAUGAGACUACAGACAAUUGUAUUUCCCUUCGGGAAUAAAUAAAGUUAUUCUUAUCUUAUCUUAUAUUUGGUGAUAUGGCUAAACUUCCCAGCUGUCCACGGGCUUCUGUGAAUUCCAAAACCCAAGGCAGGAAGGCAGGAGGAGCAGCAGCAAAGACCCCUGGCUCUUUUCUAAGGACUCCCUUAGGAAUACCAAAGCGUAGGACAAGAGGAGCAUAAUUCCCCUCUGUUUCAUGUGCAUGGAGAGAAUCAGCAAAGAUCCCCAUACAGAACAGAGUAGAAUCAGUGACAAUCCAUUUGACAACGGUAAAACUAGACAUUCUGGUGGAGGUGGGUUGCAGAGGAAGCAGGAAGAGUAAGCAGGAGGAAAUUGUUUAAAUUAAAUUUAAAAUAAAAUUCUCGUUCAACAGCUAGAAGCAAAGAAGGUUAUCAGCUGAGCUGUCAUCUGACACAGGCGGACAUGAGAAUCAGCUGAUGUACCAAGAGUCAAGCCGCACUUUUGUUUCCUGCCUGAACUGACACUACUCUCAAUUUUAUUCUCAAAGUGCAGAAUAGAGGAAAAUCUUCCUCCUCUCAUUUUUUUCUCAUCCCUGGCCUUAAAACUCUUCUGUAGUUAAUUAAAGAUGAUUCAAUCUAAAAAUCUGGUGAUAACAAAACAGCGUCCUGGGACCUCCAGGCUGGUAUUUUAGGUUCCAUAAUGCUGUCAACAUCCAUCCACAGUUUGAACAUUUACGUGAAUUUACACAGCGUGAGGAGAAGUUAAAAAACAUCUUAAAGUGUUCAGAUACUAAAUUUAGUCAAAGUCAGGUUCUGCAUCAACCACAGGAGUCAGAAAGCGUCCACACAUGCCCAGCCUUAAAUCUCUGCAUUGUUUGUUUUCUUAGUGAACACAUUGUCACUAAGAGGCCGUAAAACCUGAUCAGUUUUCAGAUUUCUGCCAAAUGUGUAAAGCUGCUUCACUUUAAAUCACUGCACAUGUUGACUUUGGAGAGUUGGAGUUACAGACUUGCUAAUCGCUGGGGUGCCGGGCUAUUAGAAUAUGUGAGCAUGUAGCAACUGUCAAAACAGAUUCUGCUUCAGAGGCAAACUCAUCAUUAGUUUCUGGGUUUCACUACACAGAGUGUGCUGUUCCAUUUAAAGGUCAUUGUCUAAUAGUUUCUGGGUUGGCAGUGUUGUCAGAGCUCAACGCUUUGUUAGCAAUAGUUUCUUUGCUACGCUGAACACUAAGCAGGCUGUGGUACAAACAAAACAACUCCAGCAGGAGUGUUAGAAGACAACAGAGGGAAAAGAAGCUUGUUUUCUCCUCCUCACUCCAAAUGUCUGCUUAAUAUCUGAUCUUUUUUUCUCCUCCUUGCUUCCUUCUUGUUUCCAUAUUUCAGUUAUUCAUGUUUGGCUCUUUUAAUUCAGGAAGGCGACCAGACGGCCACAGUGCUCACCCUGUGCGCCAUGAUGGACCUAAAUUUGAUGCAGGAGACGUGCCAAAUGGCCAUCCGGGAUGUAGGUGGCCUUGAAGUCCUCCUAAACUUGCUGGAUACGAGUGAAGUCAGAUGCAAAGUGAGUAUCUGUGCCAGAGCUGAACCUGGAUCGCCUGCAGGCAGGAGCUGAGCCUGCUGUGUGUGCCAGCCCGAGCCUUAGAAACCAAAACACCAGCACUGGUUUGAGAGCGUGCCUUUAAGACACGGGUAGCAAUUACUCUGAGUGUGCCUAAUGACAUAUGGAUGCUUUGUAACCCAGCUUUUAUUACUGGCUUUUGUCCUCUCUAUUUUUAGAGGAUUUGUGGGUUGUUGGUUAUUAGAUAUUGCGGCAUGAUCAGAUGAAAGCUUCUUGUUGGCAUGAAAACAGUUUUUAUGUGAAAAAAACAAAGGUUUUGAAAUGAAUGUCAGUGAGGACCAGUUUGCUUAAAGAGAACUGAUUAUUUACUUUGAAGGGGGGCCCAUCGGAUCGGCGCCCGUGUUAACCUAUGUGACUGUUCGCACAGCACGCGCGGGGGAACGCCGCGGAACGGCUCGCGCUCAGGAGCGCUCUACUUUUCUCUCUACUUUUGUGCGAGCCGCGCGCGCCAAUUGUAAAGUUGGACAGAGCAGAUCAGACCACACAGCAAGUCGGGAACAGGAGAUGCGAGAGAUUUCGGUCAAUUUUCAAAAUAAAAUAUAUUUCAAUAAAUUAGAAAAAAAAAAAGAUUUACGGUGUUGCUUGCCUGUCAAUUUUUUCCCCGAUGAACUCGCACGCACGCACGCACACACACACACACACACACACACACACGCGCGCGCGCGCGCGGAGGGAGAGCUGCAGAGAUUUAGUGACGUUAAUGAGAGAAAGGAGGGGGACUUUAUUACGGUAGAGUCAAUAGCCUCGAGCUAACAAGGCUACACAUACAACGGGGUCAACAGACUCCCCAAUUCAUUCGUUGUUUACCCCUAUAUAAUAAUUUAAAACAAUACUUGAAGAUGCUGCCAAUAUUUAAUUUAUGCAUGACGUAAUAAAACGUAGAUAAAUAUUGAUUUACCCAUGUUUAAGGCGCUCGUAAGUGUGGAAAACUGAGGGCAGACGGAAACAGCCGAGCACUGCCGGGCUCAGUCGAUGUCGGACCGGCGCGUCAGAGCGCAGCAGAAUACGCUUUAUGUGUGAACAGCCAAGCGCUCGCCGCGUCGGCCUCCUGUGUGAACCAGGCGGGGGGCGCACACCUCCCCCUUGGUUUCAUGUGCAUGAAAAGUGAAGGCAGGAACAACAGCAGUAAAGACCCCGGGGGACAGAUAGGUAUGAAGGGGCGAAUGCAGGGAGACUAUCAGCAAAGUAGUAUACAGAGGAAGUGGGAAGUGUAGGCAGGAAGAGGCAUGUUAAAAAAAAGACUGUUUUUAAAUUGGAUUAUUGGAUGGUUGCUGAUAAUCAACUGAUGCUCUGUGGGUAGAGCUUGACAUUGUGGCCUGCCUGAACUAACACUUAGCACAAAACAAUCUGUAGGCAUUGAUUGUGUGUCCCUGUUUCCAGAUUGGAUCUUUGAAAAUCCUGAGAAAGAUCAGUCACAACAUGCAGAUCCGUCAAGCCAUCGUAGACUUGGGCGGCCUGCAGAGCAUUGUGAAGAUCCUGGACUCACCUGUGAAGGACCUCAAGGCUUUAGCAGCUGAGACCAUCGCUUAUGUUGCCCAGUUUCACAGAGCAAGGAGGACUGUCAGGCAGUGUGGAGGCAUCCAGAAACUGGUAUGUAUAAGAAAUAACAAAAAGGUGGACAGGAACAGAGUGAGUGUUCUUGAGUACUUAAGUACAUUUUUAGUAUGUGUUCUUCACCAGAGAGGUAGACUUUUCCUCCUCUACAGCUGACAGAGAAAUCUCCUCUUCUGUUCUUGUUACUCUCCGCUUUUGCUCUGCAGUCAGCUGAUUUUGCGUCUACUAUUAAACCUGAUCCAAAAAGACAAUAAUCCGUUUUGAUGUAGUUCUCCAUGUGGUUUGUCUCCGUGGUGUUGCCAUAUCUGUAUGAGGCAUACCGUCUCCAUGGUUGAACUUAGAACAACUGAACAGCAGACGUCGCUCAGAUCAGUCGGUUCAUUCAGUGGUGAAUAUGGUGGUAAUAAUAAAAUAAAGUUAUGUCCUACAGCUGCGUACUUUCCAUUAAAACCUGUGUGUCUGUGUCAGCUGGUUAGUAAUUUAGGACAAGCUUUUCUGUAACAGACCGCAGUGCCUCAGAAGCUGUGGAAAAUCAGGCUGGUGCCCUCUUGGAAGUGGUCCCCAUAUUAUCAUUACGAUUAUUGAGAUGUAAAAAUCAUAUGCUGACUCUCUUGACUGGGCUCUGCUGUACAGAAUCAGUGUCCCAUCCAUCCCAUUAUGCCCAGUCUAUAAAACCAGUAGAAUGUGUUGGAGUGAAAUAGAUAGAGUUUCCUCUACAUCCUCUGGGCUGCAUUCAUGUUUGUUGACUGAAGGACCUGUGAUUAAAGCCUCUGUGCUGCGUAUAUUUUCCUUUGCUCUAAAUCGGAUGUUAUUGUGUACGCGUCACUCACGUGGGCAGAUUAGUUUCACGCAAUACUUGGAGACCACCUUUGAACUGUACUGUGUGUAAUAGCUUCGCCUGCUCUGUCUCACCGGCCAGGAACUAAGGACUACAGCAUUGAACGAUGGCUAUAAACCGUCACACUGGGCUUUUCAAACCUAACAACAACAUCCAUCCUGACAGUUUUCCACUCCCAGCAUCCCCGGCUUUUUCAUCCUUGCAGAGCCAGUAGUAAUAGAAUUUUAAUUACACCCUUAAUCACAGAAAUAACCUGCUUUUCCCAUCUGGAACCAUCCAUUAUCACUCCAAUGCUGCAAGCAAACCUCUCAGAGUCCUUGAAUUGAUGUCAAGUUCAUCGAGUUUGUGCAAAUGUGUGUAUGUUUUAUGCCUAAACACGUGUGGUCUGCCUGCUUGUUUGCACACAUUUUCAUGUUUGUGUUUAUCCACCUCUAAAUCUGGCUCUCUUGUCUCUCUGCUCAGGUGAAGCUGCUGGACUGUGUCCCAGAUUUAGCCAACCUGACUGCAGACCAGGAGAAGGAGGUGGAGGUGGCUCGCUGUGGAGCUCUGGCUCUGUGGAGCUGCAGCAAAAGCACCAAGAACAAGACGGCCAUCCGCAAGGCUGAAGGGAUCCCUCUGCUGGGGCACCUGCUCAAAUCCCCACAUGAAAACAUGCUGAUUCCUGUAGUGGGCACCCUGCAGGAAUGUGCCUCAGAGGUGAGGGGACACAGACUCUAUUUUGUCUUUAUUGUUUUUAUUUUUUUAAGGGGCCAAAGAAUGUGAUAGGGAUUGAAACCCUUAAGUCUGGGAUAUAAACUGUGAGAGUCUCUUUUAUUAAAGAUAAGGCUGAUGACAGUCACCUACAACACUGAGACAAUUAUCCUAACAAGUCUACUGAUGUGUUUGUUUAAACAUGCAUCAAAAAGGACAAUAUUUAAAAGAAGAAAGAAUAUUGAUUGUUUAUAUUGUGUUAAACCAUCAUCACUGCCACUCUUUUACAUACUCUGAAUGAAACACUCAUACCUAAAAAACAUCAAUGCUAACACUGACCAAGGGCUGUUUUCUGCCAGUAUAUGAGUUAAAUAAACCUCUAGUGAUUAAAGUAGGUCUUCCUGAUAUUUCCUGAAAAUCACUUCUUAAAUCAAAGUUCUGUUUUUGUGAUACCAAAAUUUGGUGUACCGUGUUCCUGAUCUGGCUGAGAGCUCCACUGUGACCCUGUAAGACACCACUUUGUCACACUGUGACACUAGUUGCUUUCACACAGAGUCAAAUAUUCUGAUUAUAAACAUUAUAUAAACACCUUGAGCAGGAUAAACAGGCUCACAGUGACUGAAAUAUCAGGGACGUAGAGGGGUCAUUAAACCCCUCUCAUUAAGUGAUCACAAUAAAAACUGUGCCAUGUAAACAGUGUUUCUGAAUCCCCUCCAGCUGUAUUCUUUCUGCACAAACCCAACAUCUGUCUGACAUACCCAGUGAUCAACCAUUUUAAUUCACUUACAGAAGACAUAUGUCAAACUGGACAGCUCCAGAUUUUGUUUUUCACAAAAAUACUCAAAGAACUUGACAAAAGAAACACUUAGAUGUGGGAAGAUACACAACACAGACUGCUUGACAAAAGUCUGUGAGAAACUGCAUGAAGCAGGGAUAUAGACCUGAGCAUGUAGAGAGUUAAAAAAUGGAUGGAAAGUGCUGAAGACAAAGAGGAUCUGAUCCCACCUGUUUCCUAUUUUACAACUGAAUGGAUGAAGCGAUGUGAGGAAGACCUGCAAACGUCCCAGACAAUAAACAGGAUAUUUAUCUUCAGGAUAAGGAGAAUGUAUGUAUUUGGGCUUGAACUGGCAGAGGAGAGGGAUGAGGUGGAAAAAUGUCUCUUACGGUAUAUGCCACUCAGCUGCUCUGAUCAGAGACUAUCACACUUAGACUGAUAUCCAAUCAGGAUGAAGACAUACUCUUAAUGUUAACAUGUCCACUGUUUGAUGUAUCUCUUCAGUGCCAUGUAUUCACUAUGGUUUAUUUUGACUAAAACGCUGUCCUGCGCCUCAAACACUUGAUCAUUGAGGAGAACAUUAAAUGUAGUAAUUUUUUAAACCUGGGAUAGUCUAACAGGUGCAGUGACUGUGUGCACACGGUUGACUACAGAACAAACAGUAUUCUUUCAGUUCAGGUUUUUUCACUGAUAUUAGAUAGUCACAGCUCAUGGAUGUUACUUUUCACUCAGUUUUACACUCAAAAAAUGACCUGUCAGUUAUGCAUUAGCAUAUAAUGUCCACUUAGCUCCCCAAUACAUCUGUUGUAAUGUUGAGGGUCCUCCUAUAUGAACAGCUCCAGGUUUCAGUAACAGCCGAGACUCAAAUCUAGCUUGUACCGGUCUUUGUUUCCAAAGGAGUCCUCAGUGACGCGGUGAGAACAAACAGCUAGAUUAUGUUCUGAAAACAUCCUAACUUCCCGCUGUUUUCUGGUGCCUUCGUCUUCGGGAGAGAAAAAAGCUGAGACUUUUCUUCAGGACUAAAAAAAGACUGAGAGAAAUUUAAAAGACAUACUGAACCAACUGAGAGGAAGAGACGAGGAGUAGGAAGAAGAGGAGGAGGAGCAAGACGACUCCACAGGCCUGAAGUGAACAUUUAGAGGAGCUUCUGGGUGAAUGUGUCCUUUAAUAAAUCCUAAUAAGGUUGCUGGGAUUGAUGUCAUGUUCAGGCCAAGUCACAAAAUGUUCAAAGAAGCUGACAUCUGAUUAUAUCAGGUUACAUCAGGUUCCUUAUUUUGAGGCUCACCAAUGGUUCACAUCUUGUGGUAAACCCUCUGUAUUCACUCUGGUGAGGUCUUCUUAUGGUUGUUGAUUUUGACACACAUACACCUCCCCCCCGGAGAGUGUUCCUGAUCUGGCAAACUAGUGUGAAGGGGUUUUUCUUCACCUGGGAAAUAAUUCUUCUGCCAUCUAUCACAGUUGUUUCUCGGGGUCUUCCGGGUCUUUUGGUGUUGCUGAGCCCAUCGAUAUGUUCUUUCUUUUUAAGAAUGUUCCAAUCAUUUGAUUUGGCCACACCUAAUGUUUUUGCUGUCUCUGAUGGGUUUGUUUUGAUUUUUCAGCCUAAUGAUGGCUUGCUUCGCUGAUAGUGAAAGCUCCUGAUCUCAUAUUGCGAGUUGACAACAACAGAUCUCAAAUGCAAAUGUCACACCUGGAAUCAACUCCAGACCUUUUACCUGCUUAAUUGAUGAUGAAACAGUAAGAGAAUAGCCCACACUUUUCCAUGAAAUAGUGUUUGAGUUGGUCGUCCCAUUACUUUUGGUCCCUUAAAAAGUGGGAAGCACAUAUAAAAACUGCUGUAAUUCCUACACCAUUACCCUGAUUUGGAUGUUAAUACCCUUAUAUUAAAGCUGAAUGUCUGCAGUCAAAGCACAUCAUUUUUGUUUUAGUUCAAAUCCAUUGUGGUGGUGUUUACAGUCAGAAACAUGAGAACUGUGCCGAUGUCCCAAUAUUUAUGGACCUGACUGUAUGUAUUCAAAUACAGAUUAAUAUUGUGAAUAUUGGAGGUAUAGAAAGCUUGAAUCAGUGCGUUAAUGUUAUACAUGUUGUUAUCUGUUGUGUGUUACAGGAGAGCUACAGGAUGGCCAUCCAGUCUCUGGGCAUGAUUAAGGAUUUGGUCAAGAACUUAAACAGUGACAAUGAGGAGCUGCAGAUGCAUUGUGCCAGUGCAAUCUUCAAGGUACUGUUUUCAGCUAAAAUUCCUGACAUGGAUCUAGUCUGGAAAAUAAAAACACAAGAGAGUAUUGUAGUUUUUAUUGGACUCCUUUGUCUCCUGAUCAGAUGCAGCCCUCAGAGGAAUUGAUCUCAGUCCUUCCUCUUCUUUUUUUUCUUCUACAGUGUGCCGAGGACAAACAGACUCGUGACCUGGUGCGCAGGUAUAAAGGUCUGCAGCCGCUGGUUUCACUGCUGAGCAAGGCGGACAACAAGCAGCUCCUGGCGGCAGCCACAGGGGCCAUCUGGAAGUGCUCUAUCAGUGUGGAGAAUGUGGCUAAGUAUUACUGUGUUACCUCUCAUUAACACACACACCAACUCCACAUACCAGAGAUACAAAAACACUCUGCAGCAGCAGAAUAUUCUGGGUCGCAUAAAUGUGAGGCUGCAAUUAGUGGCAACAGAUGAGGAUGACUUUGAUAAAUCACUCAAAAAUAGCAGGAUAAUUAGCAUCAGAGUAUAAGGAAGCCAAUGAAGAACUUCAGCCACAUGUUCCUGUACUUUAAGAACACAGGUUAGUGAAGGUGAUGUGGUUUUCUGACAGUGUAUGAGACCAGGACAGUAACAGGGUGUUGAACUGACUCGCAUUGCACUACAUUGUUGUCAUCAUUCCAUGAUCACAUGUUAUUUUUAUGGGGGUCUCUUUUUCAUCCGUGACUCUUGGUGUCAGUUUUUCCACUCACAUGCUGGUGUAAUAUUCUCCUUUUUACAGUUUUGUCUGAUUUAAGUGAUUAUUUGAGUAAAAUGUGAAGUUUCUGUACAGAUUCUGUCAGCUCUGGUCUCUAAACUGAAGGUUUGUUGCUUUAGUUGAAUGUUUUCCACUAUGAACUGAAGAUCUGGUCUGUGUGCUGAUUUUAUGGACCUUUGUGAUGUGUUUGUCAGGGUCUGAUCAAACAUAGACGUACAGGGAGAUUAAUGUUUUUUGUCCUGAUGUCAGGAGACGCAGGCUGGCAGGGGCUUUAAUCAUUCUUCAUGUAAGGAAAACAUUUUACUUCAGUGUCACUUAUCCCCGUUUCUUCAGCAGUGACAUUUCUGGACUGGUUCUGGACUUGUACGUCAGUGUCAGAUGAUUUUUAAAUCAGUGAUUUUCCCUUUUGUGAAAAUAGUACCCAGAAACCGUGCCCUGGCAGCUCCAUAGGUUUCCACUAGUACUCCUCUGAAAGGAUGAUUUAGUGGUCUUUAUUUUCUUAUUCAGUGUGAGGUCAGGAGCACAACAAUACAGCACUCUUGCAGUAAUUUGAUACCUUGGUAACAUGCUAAUCUAUUGAAAACCAACUGUAGUCCUGCAAAUCAAGCCAAGAAACCAAUAAGUCAUUGUCUCUUUAUCAGAAAGAACAGUUUUCCAUGCUGAGGAGAGAUUAGGUGAAAAUACUUUUCCUUUGACUCAGACAUGCCGUGUAGCUCCGAUUGCAGAGGAUUUCUAAAAGUAACGAGGAACGAGCGGCAGCACUCAUGAGGAUCUCUCCUCACUCCAUAUAUCAUAACUGACAAGAUGAUAUCCUGCAUUUAAAGUCUAAGUUAAACCUCCAAACUGUAACUGGAGUGUCUGCUGCCACUUUGAGUUAAGUAAGGAUUCCUUUACAAGAGCAGAGACAUGAUGAUAACUCUUAUUUAAAACAAGAGGCACAGAUCACCAAAGGGUGUUUACAUUAGUUUAGAUGUCCCACUUAUGAGUGUUAUCCUGCUUUUUAUCAUAUCUGUGAUAGGAUUCAUUUGUACAUAGAGAAACCUGGCUACUCGUGGUCCUGUACACAUGAUAAAUACUUUCCUGAGAUAUUCUGAGAAAUAUGGCUUAUUGCAGAGUAUGCUUGCACUACAGUGCAAGCUUACUCUGAGUCCACCUCAUGAGUCCACCUCAUUCUUCAGUACUUCAGUACCGUUGGGAAAUCAUUUUCCUGUAGGCUUUGAUUCCUCCUCCCAUCUGAACUUCCAAUUAUGUUUUAUUCUUUCAUUACCCAAAGACUGUACUAAGUUUUUUGGUUGCACCUGCAGUGAGAUGUUUUGUUGCUGCCACCUCUGUGCAGACAGUCAGCAGCUGUCAGAGGCUGAGGUCAGGUAUUCAGUUUUCUUUCACAAAAUGGUAGCAAAAUCAGGUUUCUUCAAAACUGGAGUAAGGGCUCACACUGGUUUCUGAAAUCAGGAUGUCUGCAUACAAGAAUACAAAAAUGAGAUGCUUAAAAAAAUAGUUUAAAACUGAGAGACUCAAGCCACUCAGGUCCUGAUUCAGUCAGGAUAGAUUAGUGCUUAAAGUCCAGAGAAUUGUGCUGUAAGCAUCACCUCUCUUUGCUGCACAGAGCUGUGUUGUGCACUCUUUGCCUGACAACCACAAGUUAUAUUCACAAAUAUGGUGCUCUGGAUGGAGAGGGACAUCCAGUACCUGUUGAUUCUGCAAACUCUGUAUGAUUGAGCCACAGAUAGUCCCAGACUGAUUUAGACUCUGGUAAGUAUAAAAGUAGUAAAGUAAAUUAAUACGACCUGAGUUUAUGUAGGAUGCAUUUCAAUUUUAGGCCAUCCAGAGUGGAAUGGUUGUCUUGAUCAUUGGGGAAUUUGAGUGUUACCUCUCCUAAUCAUCCUGCAGGACACAUCUUCCAGCAGACAGUAAAAUACUCACUGUAUGCCUGUGAGGGAGUCAGAGAUCAUCCUAGAUGAAGCUUUUUGCAUAGACUGAAGCUUGUUUUAAAUCCUGUAAAAGUACGAUAACAACACUGAUGCACAGUGAUGCAGUUUUCUCUGCAGAGCAGUCGGUGGAGCAGUUCACUCGCUUGGCAUACUUGUUAAAUAAGAUGAUGUCUUUUCAGCUUGUUUGCACAGAUUAAACAAGUGCAAAAUCGUCAAAAUCCUCCUAUAAAUCAGACCCAGACUGUCAUUUUCAGGAAAAUGAGUUGAGGGAUUUUAUUUAUUUAAGGGUAGUUAAAAGAUUAUUAUGAAUAAAUGAUUAAUGAAAGCGGCAGGACUAUUAAUCUGCUGGUGGACAGCUCCACUUUUAUGGUUCUUAAUAAAGUGUGUAAAUUGGCUCCUUGAUUUUUUACACUGAUAUGUCUUUGAUAAACACACUGGCUCAGGUUAGAGCUCGUUUGACUGAAUUUUGACAUGAUGAUGAAAUGAGUUUGCUGCACCAGGCCUGAUUAAUGUUGCAGGUUGAUACACUUUGUGCCAACAAGGGUUCUCAGCAGUACGUAAUGAUUUUUCACACUGUUGCUAUGUUAGAUACUAAACAUUACUGCAGGUUAUACUAAUAGAAAUCAUUUUAAUAGUGCAAUUAAUCACAUGGAAAUAACAUUUACUGACAGCUCAUAUUUGAACUGUCCUCUGUCUUAAAGUUACCUGUCAGAGAGGUACAGGACCAGACUAUGAAGAAGUUCAUGUUUUCAUUACUGUGGGUGUUAUUCUGUGAUUUUACCGUGCCAACAGCUGGGUGUGAAUGAAGGUUUGAUUGGGCCACCAUCAUGACGCUGCUCUCAAGUAUUUUAAGUAGACUUUAAUGUGUAAGUGGAUCUGUUUGGUCGUACUCUGUCAGGCUUAUUCGAGCACUUGAAAUGUCGAGAUCAGGCGAAAGCCAGGAAUGAAGUGAGAGAGAGGAAAAGCUGCUCAUGGUCACACUAUUUAAAGGGUGUGUCUUUACUGUCCUGAGAUAAAAAUCCAUUGUUCUAUAUUUUCUCACAGCAGCAAUAAAAAGCAGAAGGUCUUUUUCACUUCAUUGUAGGGACACUAAAAUCCAACUCCGAUGAAACAGACCUUUUGGUCUCCGGCAGACAGCAGGAUUUGUUUCUCUGUGAAUGAUGAUUUUUGUGGUCUGGACAGUAUAGAGGUUGAUGGACCUCCACUCAAGACAAGUAGCAGCAUGUGUUAGCUAUUUACAUGAUUAAUGAUGCAUCAGAAUGAGAGAUGAUUGAUGCCCAGAAACAUAAUUACAUUAGAAACAUGAGUGUGUUUGUGUAAAGACUACUCAGGCUCAUGCUUUUAUCACUAUUACUGUAUAACAGUGAGAACCCUUUCUGGACUUUGUGUACUCAGAAAAUGCCUUUUCUGUGCAUCUAUGUGUGGCCCCACGAGUCGGCAUACUGAGGUGUUACGGACACACAAAAAUGCUGUAAAACUGCUAACAAAAGAGCGAAGGAAUAACUCUGCAAUGGAAAGUAUCAGCUGCCAAGUCUCAGGCUGAAAGUGCCAGCACAGUAAUGUUCGGGGUCAAGAUUGUGGGGUUUGCCUCCACUUACUGGCUACCCCUCUGCCUUACCUCUGUUCCAGCUCUACGAUGAGCAUGCCAUAAUUACUCCUCCUAAACGCAGGAAAGUCUGUGCUCACCCAAGUUUGAUUUGCUGUUAGUGAUCUGUCCAAAUUCAGGUUAAACAAGCGAUACCUCUCUUGUCAUGGUCGUUGCUCUGCGUCUCUGGGUGCCUGAAAUGUCUUACUUCCACUUGGGCCUUCAUAAAUACUCUUGUAUUACAAAAGGCAGCAUUUAAUCUUUCUGCACUUUGUUCAAUUUGUGAUGUGAGUAGACGAAUGAGAAAGGAGAAGGCAGGCAAUCAAUCAUAGAAAUCUCCAGCACAGAAGCCCACUGUGGUUCCUAUGUCUCUGACAGGCUUUAAUAAGCUUCCUGAUGUGUGCAGCUUAGUGUUUGGUGUUGAAGUUGCUCCAGGAAGCCCUGUGCAGUAGUACUCUGGUUGUAAUUAUUUCAGCUGGGAUUGGCCAAACAAAAAUAGGCAUUACUUACUGUUCGUCUAUCAAAGUAAUGUCUGUGAUUACAACGUCAUUCUGCUGUAGUCGGCUGCUGAUGAUACUUCAGCGGUGGCAGAGGAAACCGUUGUUUGUGUUUGAGAUGGAUGCGACUGAAGUUACCUUUGGCAGCUCGUCUCUUCAUUAGCAGUGUUUUCACUUGCAGGAAUAGGCUGUUUCUUGCAAACUCGACCAAAACCAAAUGACCCCGGCUGUCUAUGAUAGUGUACGUACCCUGAUGCCAGUAACCGUAACUGUGAAUAAAAACAGUCGUAGAACUUAACUGUACAUCAGAGGUUUGUUGAGGUUUUGUGCUACCACAUUAUAUCCUUUUAAAUGUUUACUAUAGUUUACCACUCUGUAGCAUUGGCAAACAAGAGAAAAUCACAGCAGAAGAGGGAGGAAGGGUUUCCAAGCCACAGCAAAGCUCUGGUUAUGCAAACUAGGAUUAUGGGACAACUGUGAGCAGCCGUGGGAAACCUGCCUGUUCUGCUGGGUUACAGUUGGACUUCUGUGCCCAUGUGGCAAUGGAGAGGAUAUUUACACUUACACACCUCAUGUGUGAAUGUGAUGACGGCAGCUUUGUGUGUUUGAAGGUGUGUCUGUUUGCUUGUUGGUAGUCAAGAGUGAAAUAUCCCAACAAGCACUGAAGGGAGAGCCAUGGACGAUAUUUUAACUGAAAUAAUGGUCCCCAGAGGAUAUGUAAUGAAGAAUCUGAGUAUUUCAUUCUUUGUAACUAUCACUUUGGUACAACUGUCCAAGACUCUCAGUAGACUAUUCAUGGUGGCAACCUCUGCUAUUGAGGAAUGAAGCUCGUACAAAAAUGCAAAAUAGAUAAAUAAAUAAAUACAAAUAAAAAUUGCAGUUCCUGGAGUGUCCACUUAAGGCUGUCUGCAGAAGCCAAAGAAUCCCCAUCAGUCUCGUGUAAAAAUGGCAGUUUUUAAUGCAAAAUCAAACAUGCUUACUGCCUGGUUCAAAAUAGUUUGGGGUAUAUAACUCAUUUAUUGGUUCAUACACACUUUAUAUACAUAUUUAUAUACUUUUUAUACUUUAUAUCCCAUUCCAUGCUUUUUUUUAAGACAAUCUAAAGGGGUAAGAGUAAAUUUCAUAAUUAGGAGCAUGUCAGGCAAUGCUGGGCUUUAAAAUUCAACAAAUGAGUGACAUUGCAGAGAUUAAAUCCAAAAUUUGUAUUGUAUGUGUUCUCAGAUGAUACAUUAUAUGGUAUUUAUAUGAGUACAGGCAUUUUAGUAAAGUGGUCUUAUGAUGUUUCAUUGCAUAGUUUGAUAGCUUUCCUUUCCUGGAUAAGGAAUAUGAAAGUCCUGUGCUCUGUCACAUUUUUUCAUAUAAACAUUUACGGUGUAUAAACAGAUAGCUGUAACACAAACAGAAAGUCAGCUUUAGUUGUAGCAUCUUUAUUUUCUGUGCUAGUUGGCGUAUUUUUGGUUGCUGACACUAAAAGCACAGUAAAGCUUGAAUAGCAUCUACAAGUUGUCACAUUCAGUCAGGAUUAAUUUCAUGAAAGAGGACUAUUUAACUUAAUGCUUCAAGUUAGGUUUAGAGGUAUGGCACCGUUCUCAGAGUUUUCUGCUAAAGCUUGAGGCAGGGAGAGCACACCUUCCCUUCUUUUCAUGUGUAUAAAAGCCAAGUCAAGGCAGGUAGAGUAUAAGCAAACCUCCCCACCCCAUAGUUCCACUCUGAGAGCUGCCUGCCUUUCUACAAGCAUUUGUGAAAUGCCACAGCUAAGGCAGGGAGAGUGCACCACCCCUCUUGUUAUAUGUGUUUAUCUGAAAGCCAAGGCAGAGAGAGCAGCAGCAAAGAUCCUGGGUACAGAACAGAGCAGCAUCAAUGAAAACCCACAUGACAGAGUGUAAAAAGAAGGACAGGCAGGGCAGCAGCAAAGACUGGAUAAAACAGUUCAAAUAGAACAACCAAUUUAACAUUUGAUGACUUGAGGACUGGAAGGUAAUUGGCUGAGGUGUUAGCCGACAUGAGCCGGUCAAAUUGCAGGUUUAAAAUGAUUGUUGUACCUUACCUCAAUCUUUAACAGGUUCCAAGAGUACAAAGCCCUGGAGACCCUGGUCCGCCUGCUGACUGAUCAGCCUGAAGAAGUGCUGGUAAAUGUGGUUGGAGCAGUGGGAGAGUUCUCCCAGAUUCCUGCUAAUAAGGCCAUAAUUCGAAAGAGUGGAGGCAUCAAGUCACUGGUGAACCUGCUCACUGGAACCAACCAGGCAUGUGUUACUCUGUCUGUCUGACUCCAUUGUUCAAACAUGCUCCUGUGCUGACUUAUGCAUGUAAUUGUAACAUGUUCCAUCUAACCAGGCUCUGCUCGUGAACGUUACCAAGGCCGUGGGCGCCUGUGCCACAGAUAUGGACAACAUGGUGUAAGUAUCUCUUUAACCUGCUUACAUGCCCUUUUACAUUCAGAGUGCAGUUUACACUGGGCAGACAGCCCCAUGUGAGGUGGCUCUUACAAUGAGAUUACUCACUUUUAUUACCAGAUCAGCUCCUGACAUGUAUUCUUAGACAUGUACUGAUGUCAUGUGUUAUGAAAGGGAGUGACACCCACUCAGAGACACAAAUACAGUGUCAUUAAGCUGUCAUGAGCUGAUGCGUAAGGAAAUUUAUGCUCUUUUAAUGUAUUAUUGUGCAGGUACUUUUCUCUUUCAUGCUCUGUUUAAUGACAGGUUUUAAAGACUUUGUUUAUUGUACCUGCUGUGUUAAAUAUGGUUGUGGUUUGAUUCCCAGUGCUUUACUAUAGCUUUGUGGUCACCGUCAGGACUGAAGCUGGUCAGACGAACAUAUCUCCAGCCCUACCCUGUCCGAAAACUACACGGCUGGGAAAAACAGAGUGAACCACAGUCCAGAGCAGUCUUUGUUCAGUGUUCAUUUAACCUCACUCUCAAUACUGCAGAUUACUGUGGAGCUUCCAUCUGUGCCUCAUUGCUUUUACAGGGUUGUUAUGGACUACAAAACCCUUCUUAAUUAGAACUGGACACGAAUACGACUUAACGACUGAGUCUUUUGCUGUUAGUUAGCUGUUAACGCUAUCACAUGAGCCCAUUAGUUUUGUUUGGAGAGAAAAACCAAGGGGUUCAAUAAAAAGUGAAGCAUGUCAAAAUGAAGCCACUGAGUGUGUUAAACUUCACACAGAUGGAGAAGUGUUUGACAUGGUUCAUCAUGUUCUCCAUGUUUUCUCACGGUGUGUAUAUUUAGACCAGAACUUGUAAUUUCUCAGCCCUCACACACAGCUGUAAACAGAGACUUCUUAUUUCAGCAGCAUGUUGUAUGUUUUGUGGGGUCGGCUUAUUUUGAGACAUGUGUGUAUACAGAAGUUUUCUGAGCCAUUAACAUAACUCACAUUUGAUUGUUUCCUGCUCAAACUCAACACUACUGAGGCUGUUUUUCAACCCCUGUGAUUAGAAAGUGUUAGGCGUGUCUAACACAAAUAUGAUGAUAUAUGCAGGAAAACACACAGUCAGCCUCAAAACUCCAGCCGGUUAACGGGAUUUUAUUCAGCUAACAGUAACUUCCACUGAUAAGACCAAUCUCUAUCUUAUCACAGGAGCUAUGAAGGUCCUGAACAAGCACAGAUCACCUUCAGAUCCUGCAUGAAACACUAGUAUGUUUGUUUUUAUUCCUGACCAGCAGGCCGAGGGCGGUUCAUGACACAGCAUUUCCUCCCAUGAAUCCUGUGUAGCUACAAGAGUGAACACACGUCGUUUAAAGCCUCCAGGGUUUGUGGUCUCCUCCUCUCAUCCAUCACUGUCACUUGCAGCUUCGUUGCUAAUCUCUUUCAUACCUGCUUCAUGGGAAGAGCGAGCUGUUUUGGCGGAUGAUAUGACGCUUCACUUUUGUUUUUGGUCGGGGUUUAAGAGGCCCUGCAGACUGGGAUCUGAUGUUAUGAUCCCUCCAGACUGAUUUAUGUGCAAACGGAAGACAGAUGACGCAGGGACGUCCCUGAUGAGUGUUCGCUCGUUGCCAGUCACGGAGAUACCGUGAUUAGGGAGUGUUUAAGUAAUUAUGACAGCGUUCAAUGUCGGCCUUGUUGGUGGAAGCACACAUGGGGAACACGUUACAUGUUAUUUAUACCAGACAACGGGCGCACUGUGGUGUAAUUCUUUGGGUUCCCAGACCCUGACUGCAGUUUUGAAUACAGUCAUGUAUAGGACAUGAAAUACAGCUCGUGCCUAAGUAAACUUCAGUCAGACCCCAUGAAAUAUAGAGCGACCUGUCUCUGGCUGUGUUUGAUUUGGAAAAGCUCCUCUUUUUGGCUUUGCUUGAAAAACAAGCCACCAACAUAAAGUGUAAGUUUGUCUCAGUUUCUAUUUAUAAACCCGUGUCUGCAGCAGUAUACACAGAUGUAUGUAAGUUAACCUCUGGCUCCAGCGUCGCUCCUCAGAGGGUGAUUUAAGUGAGUAGACAGUGGGUGGGUUUCAGGCCUGCAGAGUAGAGCAGUGCUGAGGGCAGGUUGUAAUAAAAGGCUGAAAACCUGAAAUCGAUCGACUCUUUGAUCAUACUUGGCUGCAGUCGUGGUGAACCUGCUGCUGGCCAGCUGAGGCAGAAGAGUUUUACCUUCAAAUCUGUUCAGGAAAACAUAUACGCUCACUGAAAGAUCUGGUUCAAAUCUCAACACGAUCGUUUCAGUCUUGCUGAUCUUUUCUCCAUCAUUAAUUCUUGUCUUCCUCUGUCUCUUCACAGGAUUAUCGACCAGCUCGAUGGCGUCCGCCUGGUGUGGUCUUUACUGAAAAACCCCAGUGCAGAUGUUCAGUCCAGUGCAGCCUGGGCUCUAUGUCCAUGCAUUGAGAAUGCAAAGGUAAGGUACAGAGGAGUGAUUUGACCUCUCUCUCUGACCUUUGGCAUUGGGGUGAAGCCCACCAAAGGCCCAUCGAUAUCCUCCUAAUCAAAGAGGUCUGUGUUGUUUUAGAAUAAAGGGUUGUCCCACUCAAACAAUAGGAGCUUCCUUAUAUCAGCAGGCCUGUCUUUGAGCUUUCCUUCCAACCUGCUGCUGCUGCUGCUGGGGGGGUUAGUGGGGGCAGAGCUGUUUCAGAGGAGGCUUACAUGAACCUCAGGCUAAUAUGAAGCAGAGGAGCCUCCCUGGCACACAAGGAUUGGUGAAUUGGGAGAGAGGCUGGGUAAUAUCCUGUGGCAUGGCUUCUGAUUUCCCAGCUGAAAAUCCUCCCUCAACAUGCUGCUGGUUACAGAGGCACACUGUCUUCCAGAGGGAAUCAGACGGUUUCUGUGAGACUGACUGCUCUAAUGAAAACACUGAACAAAUGGAUUGCAGAGGAACCCACAACAUUGCCAUGAAUACAGCUCUCUUCAAGACAUGAAGCAGGGGUUGCUGGGCCUUACAGUGUGUUAUGUUUGAUGUGCAUUCUCAUUUGCUCUCUAAGGGUAAAGGUCGUUACACAUCGGCGAAUAUGCAAAGCGAAUAAUUCAUUUUUUUUUAAAAACCUCAUAAAGUCAGUGCAAGCUUCCACACCGGCUACGAACUACUGCAGAGCGAAAAAGCAACUGUAAUUUUUUCUGCCCCUACCAAAUUUUGCAAACAUUCAAGCCGUUGCUCUGGAUCAAUCACCUCGCUGUAAUUUGUCCUCUCCUUUUGCAAACGUGGAGUUCUUGAAAUUGUCCGAGGGACAUCCUGAAGUAUUGUCGGAGUUUCUUCAGCCUUUUCCUUUACCCCCAGAUUUCACCCUCAGAAGACCUUUCAUCGUAUUGCAUUUUUACACAGAUACAUUCAACAUACCAAAGUUGUCACAAUACCAUAUUUUGAUUGAUACACCAAGUUUGAAUUACAGUACUCAAAACUGAUAUGAAACUUGUAAGUAAAACAGUUCUAUCAUGAUACUCAAUAAACUCCAGAACAGCUGGGAGGAAAUUGUGAGGGAGCUAAAUGUUAGCUGCUUGGACGCGAAGGAGAAAAUCUACAGUUGCCAGUUUCUCUUUGUUUGUUGUUGUCAGAAACUUUUGACUCCGGCCUGGCCCCUGGUGAAUGUAAAAGUUAACAUCCAUGCUAACGUAAAGGAUGCAUGGAAGUAUGUGGGCAGUGACGGAACCAUUGUUUGAAACAGAUGCGUACAUUUUCAUACGCAUCAUGAGCAUUAAUGAGCCCUUAGACAAUCUGAGCUUACACAGAGUUUUACGACUGUACCUUUCAGAAUAAAAGUGAUUACAUUGUUGCUACAUUAUUUUGUGUGCUGUGCAACACCAUCCCAUACAGAAUGUUGUUUUCUUUAAAGUACGGUUCAAUUCAGGCACCCAAACUCUGUUGUUAGGCAGACAGACAUUUCAGCUUUACAGUUUAGUCACACAUGGGUCUCAUUAGUCUCCUGGUCAAAAGAAAAACAGCUUUGUUGUUCGUUCACUGCUGCAUCAUUCAAAACCAUGGCUUGUUAAACUGAGAUUUUUUAAGGAGUCCGAACAUAGCAGAGCUGUUGGAGGCCAAGUUGCAUAAUCGUUAAUGUAGACGGCAGAACCAACAAUCCAUGGAACAAUAAACACAAUAUCUGGUUUGUUAAUGCGGAUCUAAAACAACAUGAUAAUGUCACAGCCUUAAACUUAACUAACAAUGUGCCAUUCAACCUUUAUUUCAGUCAAAUCUGAGCGCAUUUUUGUUCCCCUGUGUGUUUGUAUAUUUUCCAGUGACAUACUGUAGGUAUUAGUAUCACUGUGAACAGUUUCUUAGAGUGUCAGUCAUGUGACGUUUAGACAUGUAUCAGGCCAAGGCAGGUGUCUCUGGGUUGAAGCUUCUUGUUCAUGCUGGAAUUUUUCUGACUGAGAAGUGCAGCAAAAAGGACGCAUGGCAACCAUAUGUAAGUAGAGGGAGGCUGCAGACCUACUACUGAGCGCUAACAAAGUUUGACAAUGUUUGUCUGGACGUCAGUUUGCCAAUUUUGAGGGAAAUUCAUGAACAUGCUCUUGGGGUGAUUUUUUUGUACAGGACAGAGGCAAUGACAAGAACUACACAGAGCUCUCUGCCCAUGAGCUGAGGAACCUGAUACAGCUGCUUUAGUGCAGUCAUUAUUUAGAUAGAACCCCAUGUGGUUUGAGUUAGCAGCUCCAUACUGGAUUUAUAAGAGAGCCGUGGAAUAAAUGCAUCUGAGGCAUGUUUCAUACAGUGCUGCUCCCCAUCUGCAGACAGAGGAGUUCCUCUACCCACAGCUUCUCAACUGAGACUUUCUUGGUAUAUCAGUGCUGCAGAACCUUUAUAGUGACUUCUGCAAUUAAGAUAAGAUAAGAAGAACUUUAUUUAUCCCCAAGGGGAAAUUCAUUUCCUAAUGAAAGAAACAAAGUCCUCCUAGUUGCAGUGAGUGGAGUGUAUUAUAAAUUAGAUGCUUGGUUUAUUUUCCUUCAUGCACGUUUGAGAGGUCUGAUUGUUUAAGAGAAAAUCCGGGUUCGCUCCUGCUCUCCUCAGCGUGGCCCGCUCCCAUCAGCUUCAGAUCAGGCUCAGCAGAUAAUGUGUUUUCUAUUUCAUUUCAUCCUGGUAAGAUGAGGGGAGAGAGAGAAAGAGCCUUUGCGUGUGCAGCCUCAUAAUGUUGCGGUUUUCAGAUCUGGGGGCCGUCCAGGCCAUGAAAGAGAUCCUGGCUCGUCCAUCGCAGCUGGUGGCUUGAGAGAGCUUCCUCUGUCGCAGGGACUCCCGGCCAGCCGUCAUCAGUAUUCCUGAGGAAAGGCUUCCUGUGUGUCGGAGGUCAGCUCCUGGCCCGGUACCCCCUCCCUCCCUGCCCUGCACACAUGGCUCAUCCUCUGGCACGCCAUCACGGGGCCCAUACACCGCCGGCUGGCCUGAUCUCAGCUGUAGCUUGCUGUUAGGGAGGAGAACACAAUAGUACAUCCAGCUCUGCUGAAGGAGCUGGACUCUCAAACUGUAAAUCAGCCGCUGCUGUUUGUCCGAAAUGAAUACGAUGAAAUCCCUAAAUAUGCAGAAUGAAGAAUAACCAAUGAGUGAACAUAAAAAAACCCUGUUUUUACUGAUCUCCAGAGUCCUGAGUCAUUCAUCAGCUGUGGACCUGCAGACUGAAGCUGCAGGAUUUUCACAAUAAGCCUGCUCUGUGAUUUACACUCACUGAUCCAUAAUUUGCCUUUGGAGAGAUUUUUGCUCCAUUUUCAGAGUCUUAACAUCACAGACUGCCACCAUGUUGCACAGCUCCAUGGCUGGCAAACACUGUGUAAUGAUUUUAAACAGCAACCAUACUGCCAACCCAUACUGCAGCCAGAGAGCCUGCCAGCUCUUUAACCACAGUUCAAUCAUAGCUCCUUACGAGCCUGCAGGUCUGGUGGGCACCCCCCCCCCCCCUUGAAAAAGGGACAAAGUGAUCAAUAUUAAAUCAAUAUUCAAUGAAAUUGUGAUCCAAAGGACAAAAAUCAAAUGUAAUUGUUAAGUUCUUGAUAUACCAGCCAAUCCGUGAGCUUCAUCGCCUUGAUCAGUACCACAGGUCUGCUGUGGGGGGGCUGGUUUUGUUUCACUCAGGUGGAGACAGUCCUCUUGGUUGGUCUGUAGUGAUGAGACUUGAUUUGGUUGCAUGUCUUUGUACUGACUUAGUGCCCCCGUCAACCUCUUUGUCUCUUCUCAGCCUGCCCUCUUCAUCACCUCCUCAUUCAUUCUGACAGAGCUCUAUCUAAUAACAGACUCUCUCUCUAUAGGAUGCAGGGGAAAUGGUGCGCUCCCUCGUCGGUGGGUUGGAACUGAUUGUUAAUUUGCUGAAGUCAACAAACAGCGAAGUGCUGGCGAGCAUCUGCUCCGCCAUCGCCAAAAUAGCCAAAGACAGGGAGAACCUGGCAGUCCUCACUGAUCACGGGGUCGUCCCACUGCUGGCCAAGCUGACUGACACAGUGAGUUCACCUCUGUGCUGCAGACCCACAGCAGUUAGCUCAUCAACGGCAGUGAAUUCAACUUUCAUACAAACAUUUUUACUAUGACUCCUGUUCCCAUUUAACGCAGCAUAAAUCUGGGUAAUGAGCAGAACAUUAGGAGUUACAGCCCUGAGGCUCCUGCAGAGCUGUGUUGGAAGUUUGCUGUUGUACACAUCAUAAAGUCGCCCUCCGGAGACCAAUAGCAUCCUGUUUCCUCCUCCACAGACUGAUGACAAGCUGCGCCACCACCUGGCCGAGGCCGUCGGUCGCUGCUGCAUGUGGGGCAGCAACAAGGUGUCUUUUGGUGACGCCGGAGCAGUGACGCCCCUUGUUCGGUACCUCAGUUCAAAAGACACAGCAGUCCACCAGAGUACUGUGAUGGCCCUGUACCAGCUGUCCAAGGACCCCAACAACUGCAUCAGCAUGCACAGGAGCGGCGUGGUCAAGGUCAGUGAGCACUUAGUGGCUGAUCUCUGACUCCUUAUCUCUGCUUUUCCAAAAAUAGUUCACAAAGUGAUUCUUCCUCUUUUAUUUGGUGCUUUUUUGUCUGAAUCUGUCAAAAUCACGCCGAGGAAAAGUACCCUGACUCCCCCCACUCUUGCCCUUGCGAUGUGUGAAAAACACUAAGUAAUAAACUCUAAAAAGCUGAGACUAUUUUCAGAGCCUUUGACUGAUGGGGCAGAAACAAAGCGGGUUUUAUUCAGCAGCGGAAACAUGACUCCACUUUCUAGCCGUCAUGGGAAUUCAGAAAAGCAAACAGCUCAGUGUGUGCGCAGCGCCAUUUCUCCGGUAGCUCCUAGAUGCCAUUACAGCACGAGUCAAAGGGCUGUAGCCGGGGGUAACUGUUGCUAAGGGCUGUUCCUGGACAUCAGGGAUGAAUGCAGCAGCAGCAGUGAUAUGCUUCAGGCCGGAGAGCGCAGUCAGAGAACAAUGUUUUUUUAUGGUGGAGGGUUUUUUUUCUCUUCUCUGUACGGCUACAUCCGCCAGCUUCCUUCAUCCCUGCAGUCGUGAAGCACUCGUCCAAAAAGAAACAAGCAUUGUUUUGUCUAACUCUAAGCCUGUCGGGCUGUUUCCAUUCAGCUCCACAGACUGUUUGUGUUUGUCUCUGACAGUCACUCCAGAUUUCAUGUUCAGAUUAGACUCUAAUUGAUGUCUUGUCACAAAUGAUCUUGAGCUCAUAUUUCAGCAUAUUUGGAAACCAUCACUAUCUUUCUCUCAGAUUCAAUCAUGUUUCACACAGAAGGACUUUUUCACAUGGAAAUCUUUCUGCGGCCUAAAGUGAGCUGAAAUCCUUUUUCCUCUCCUAAAUAACAACUGUGAUAUAAAUUAUAAAGUGGUUGUGCCAUUGCAGCCAGAUGCUUUUUUCCCAUGUUCAUUAAAUGGUGUACUUGAGCUCGAUCUGCUCUUACAGUCUAUGUGGUUCGACUCUGGCCAUAAUUGGUAUCUGGACUGAGCGUUGGGUGUUCCGACAGAGUUAUGUCCAAUUUGCAAAAGUCGUUAAGCUGAGUGCCUUUUGUAGUUCGAGCCACGACAAAAACUGGACAAGCCCUCUUUUUUUCUGUGUGUGUGUGUGUUUGAAAGGCAUACCACCCUUUUAAUCUGUCUCUGUGUUUGCCCUGAUUAAUGUACCAGUUAAGAGUUGCAACACUACUCCAUGAUGUAUUUUUGGACUUUUAAAGAGCUUAAUUACCAAAGGCCACGUAACUGCAGCAGUGUUGCAGUGUUUGUUCUUAAUCUCAGACUUGGAAACACAACACAGGCAGCCUCAUUGUUCAGUCUGGCCACAGUCUCAGCCAUCCGGGCAGGAGGAAGGGGAGGCUGAGACUUACCUGCCUGACCUCAGAGGAAACAUUUCAGAGUGGGAUAUUGUCAAUCUUGUGGAUUUCAGUUUGCUCUGUAAUGUUCUGCUCCAUGAUCUACAGGCAGCUGGUAGAGAGAAUGUGUUAAAAUAAUAUCUCUAAUAGUUGAAAAUGUGUUGGAGAGAGUUUCGUGAGGAUUGAUACUGAGCCCUGGGUCUGAUUUACUGCCAUGUGUAAAACCCUGGACCUCCUCUUAUUAUUGGAAAAGUGUUUCAAAGAGUAUUUCUGUGCCGCUGAGAGUCUCUACAAACAUAUUUACCCACGUGUAGUAUACGAUUUCGAGUGAGUGAGGGUUUGUCUCCCUCCUAAGUUAGUUUAGAAAGUAACUUUCCCCCCUUGAGCACUAAAGAGCCCAGACCCUUAAGAUCCACAGAGGAAACCAAGCGUGGAUGAGAAAGUGUUUCACACUGGAAAACAGAUUACUGACUUGUCCCAGAGUUUGUACUCCUCAUUCGGUCCACAGUCAAUUUAAAUAUUUAGUGUAAAUACUUUGCUUUGGGCUUCACCUUGUCAUUCAUUAUUUCUUUCAGACUUUGUUGCUCAUAUUUUUUGCACAGUGUGUUUUUCUUGGAAUCUGCCGCCUCUCAGAUCAGACUUGCAAAAAGAAAGAGAUUCAGGUGCAAAAUACGAACCACAGAAAAAGAGAUAAAUCGCCCAUUCCGUUUGAUUUGACAUCCACCCUCAGUAUCUCACAGUUUUAUACGGAUGUGCUUCAUUUUGUGUCAUGUACUAAACCAACAUGCCUUCCCUCCUGGGCUUUACACUGCUUCCAAAAGCACUGGGGAUUGUUUGCUUAAACCAUAAAUCCUUGUAGACAGCUUCAGCCAGCUAUUUGUAUUAAAGAGGUUUUCACAUAAGAAAAGCUUUGUGAAGUAAAUGGAUGAAAAUUACAAAAUGUGCUGGUAAUGAUUGGUAAUUUUCAACUAAAGACAUUCCAGAGCAUUGCUUCUGCCAGGUCCUGCUAUGUAUUUUAGGCGUUUACUAAUCUCAAUGAGAAAAACGUUUGCACUUUGGUUGCCAUGAGCACGCUUCUGCCCCUGCACGCUGCCUGUUUGCUUUAUUUUUUCAGUUUCUCACACAGUCAGUCAUGAACAGGGAGGCUGUGGGGGGCAGAAAAUACUCUAAUGUCAGGGCAGGAAUAAAAACCAAACAGAGCAUCACAGGUUUACUUCUUCACUUUCCUGUUGGUUUGUGGCUUACAUGACUUCAGGUCAGGGUGUGGUGAGCAGAUGAUACAGGCUCUGUGUCCUGCUGCUCUGUUAUGACAACCAUGUUUUUGACAUCCAUGCAAUGGGAUGUCGUAGAGCCUCUGACUCGAGCUUCUCUCUGCACUGUCUGGGUUAGAAAUGCCAAGCUUGGUUCUGCAGGUUCAGACCAGUCUUCAGACUGAGGCUUACAUACAGAUGAAAUUUUAGUAAAUCAGAAGAUGAAGUGAGCCUCAACAUGACAAAAAGGAUAGACUGCAUGUAAUAUUUGAAACGUGCAAAAUGGAAUGAAUCCAUCAAGAGUCUGGUCCUUUAUAUUAAUGAGUCGUGAUAUCAGAUGCUUUCAUAGCAUCAACAAAGGAGUGGAGAACUACACACUGGUAAGCAGCAAAAAUGACACAGCACCAGUAUUGCAUUGGUUGCAUGAUAUACACCUCAUCACCCCACCUACUAGCUCAUAUUGAAUUAUUUAGCUGUUACUAGCUACAUUUACACAUUGUCUUAUCCUGUUGUUAUGCAGAAAUUUGACUAGGGAGCCAUCUGAUUUGAGUCUUGGUGAAAACAUUUUUGCCAAUAGUUGUCCAGUUUCAAUUUCAGUUGAGACUGUGGUUUUCCACAAUCAUGAAAAAUACAUAAUCAAGUUUAAAUUAUGUGCUGCCCGCAAUGCUGCACUCAUUUUGUCCUCUGCUGUGAAUGGAGCACACCUCUUUCUUCCCUCACAGCAGAUACAUCUGAUAUAAAUGUCAAAUCAUUGGUGAUUACAUUUAAUAAUGGUGAUCUUACUAUCAACCAAAGGACGUGAUUAUGAAUUUCCAAAUGUUGAGUCACCCUGGCUAACCCAGAUCAAAUAAUUUUGAGGAGUCUUAAGGCUCCCAAACUAACCUUGGCUUAGACAUAGCUUAGAGCAGUAAACUAGCUUGAGGUAACAGGAAGGUGACAUGGUAAAGCAACAAAGAAAAGAUGUUUUAUUCACUCAAUGAAGCAAACACAAUUCAGUCAGAAACACUUUAAUUCAAGAAAAGUAAUUAUUUCAUGCAUCAAAUCAUAUUUGGUAGUAUGGCUGUAUCCUGAGAGCUCCCUGCCCUUCUAUGUAAAUAUGCAGGAUAUCAAAGUCUGAGGUAGGGAGACCACACACCCCUCUGUUUCAUGUGCAUUCAUGAGAGGCCAAGGCAGGCAGAGAGGCAGCAAAAGCUCCCUGAGAUAAUGAGCGGCACCUCAGUUCAUUUUCACUGGCAAUCUUAGAAUGUUGAAGCUCAAGGCAGGGAGAGCACACCUCCCCUCCUUUUUUGGUGCAUACUUGCUGGCAUCUGCUCAGUACACAGUAUCUUUUAUGUUUGUUUUAAUGUUUGAGUUUGGUUUAAUGUAUAUUUUUUUUAUACUUAUUAAUGUUGUCUUUUGAAUGAGGUACUGGAGAGGAGACAGGCAGAGCAGCAGUAAAGACAUCACCAGUUUGGUAUAUAACAAUAGGAUAAGAAGGUAAUCAGCUGGUCUCUGUGAAAACAGCUGCACUUAUGAGUAUGGCUGUGGUAAAUCUUCAUAUUUUUCCUGAACCACACACAGGGGCAGCUUCAUUCAAGGGGGGAGGGCUCAGAAAGUAACACUUCUGAUAGAUCUAAGCAAUGAUGGACAAGGAACAGCCAACCAAUAAAGGAAGAGUUUUUUUUUCCAGAGGCUAACUGAUGCAAUGAAACCCUCACUGUUAAAGACUCGUCUUUGAGGGCCCAGAGUUUGGUCGGGUUUAUGGAGGCAGCUGUGGUGCAGACUUAAAACUUUCUCAAAGUCACUGAUUUACAUCUGCUCUCUCGCCCUCUCAUCUUCUUCUUCGUCCUCCUCAGAGACACAGAAACAGCAGCUCACUCAGUCUCUGACUCACUGAAGGCUGCAGAGAAUGUUAUUUACCCUGACUUCCCUCACAAGCUUCCCUUCAGCCCCUGCAAAACAUGGAUAUCUGUUUGAGCUGCACAGUGGACUCGAGAACAUGGACAUGCUCAGGGGUACAGGAGGUUGAUGGGGGUCUUAACAACUGUCAGACCCACACAGGGGCAUUAAUCCUGAACCCUUGCAGACAGAUGAGGCCCAACAGGGCGCACUUAACACCAUAACACCUCCAUGUGCUACAGCAUGUAUACAUACACACAUGCAGCAUUAUUGUGUAGCCCUCCCAGACUGCAUGCCCGCCUGCUCCUCCCCCUUCCUCCCUCUUGCCAGAGAUGGAGGAAAGCGUGUUUCCCAGCUCUCUCCUUGGAUGUCAGAACUCACUGGAGCUCUCUGAAGUACAGAAACCUCAAAAACUCACGAUUCAGUUUUCAAAUAUGGGGCAAGUGUUCAUGUUACCACAGCCAGGCAAUAUCUAACAAGUGGAGUAUUAUAUUCUGAGAGAUCCCAGCUGGGAGGGAAAGAGCUAGCUGAAAAAAGAGUGAAGAGAGACACGCUUAUCUUCGCUGAGCCGCGUGCUUCAGGAGACCUUAUUUGGCUACGUCUGAAUAACAUGCUAUGAGGUUGGCAAAAACUCUGCCUCCAGCACUUUGCAGGCAUCCUCUCCUUUUACAAAAGAGACUUGUUUAGAGAGCUGCAUGUUUUCUGGAGCCUGUGGAUCUAAGUUUACUUUUGGAGGUGUUUUUGGUGCUAUUUAAAAAUCAUAUAAAACCUGAGGGCAAAUGUUUCACAUAUACUCAGCCACACUGCUUCAUUGAGAGGAGCUGACAUCGCUGACUGUUGUCUGUGUUUCUGCUGAAAAUACAGUUCCAAAAAUCUAGAGAAAAGACAUUAUUUUCUCACUUUUUAAAAUUUUUUAUCUUUUGUAUUCUCAGUCAUCCAUGUUGGCCCAGUUCCUUUUUCAGCUGUUUUCUUGAUUCUGUUUGUCCUUGCUCAGAAAUCCUGGGAAUGUCUUGUCUUCUUCUUUGGCUGUUUGCUCACCACACAAAUGUGCAGAGUCGUGUUUUCAGUUUGCACAUAACACAGGGAAGCUUCAGGGUCAACCUCAGCCCCCCCUGACAGGCAUUAUGGACAUAAUGACAAACUGAGAGUCUGACCUCAACACUGAUCAGCUGGAUAUAGAUACGUGUAAACAUGAGAUAUCACCAAAAGACGGCUACAGUUAAGGGAGGGCUGCGCUAAAAUGAUAGGAUCGUCAUUUCAGUAUAUUCCCUAUAAUAACAAAUGCUGCUGUUUUUGAGUGAAGACCCUGAUUAUGAUGCUCUGGUGGAAACCAGGGGGGCUUACGGGUUUAUCUUGGUAAAAAUAGUUUUAAUAACCAAAAGAUUUUCAUCACUUAGGGUUGCACAAAAUAAAAAAGUGACAUUUGGAAGUGUUAUUAUUCAAACUUCUCCAAAAAACAGAAAUUACAAAAUAAUUCUGAGCAGGAUAAUAAAGUCUGCAUAUUUACUUAUAUUUUCUAUAUCUAUCAGCUGUACUUCAUGACUUACUCAGUAACUGUGUUAGUACAUGAUUUGACACCUCAAGGAGGUCAUUUUAAAGUCCUGUAUUCCUCUAGAGGGUCUUCCAAAGUCUUUUAUUGAAAGUGAUCAGUAAAAUCUUCAAAACCCGGGAGAGACAGUUAGGGCAAGAGUGAAGUGGUUGUGUCUGUUAAUACCUAAAAAGUUCAUUAAUGUUACUGGCCUGAAUUUUGUAAGCUUUUUAACCAUUGUUACUCCACACGAUAGUAUAGAUGACACUUACUGACCCCAAUACUUGUUGUUUUAUUCUGCACCCCAUUAGAACAGGCUGGUCGACUUUUGAAUAUGAUGGGGAGGGUUAGGGUAAGGGUUAGCAGUGACAUGAGGUUCUCCAAUGUGUUUCAGUCAUGCCUCUGCCUUUAGCUGAAUCCAAACAGGCUGGAUGUCAUUUAAAAUGGUUCAUUCUCAGGUCAUUUUCUUGGACAGUUUUCAAACUUCACAUGAGUCUGUAACAGCAGAUCUGUACAGAAACUGUUUUCAAAAUCCUUUUCCAUUUGCUGAACACAGCCUUGAUAUAUGGGGCUUAAAAGUGCCUCAGACGUCUCAGCAGUCGCUGUAUUUAUCAAAGCUUCAUUGUGUUUAGUAGCAGGGAGGCCUUAAGUGCUUAGUUGAGGGAUGUAAUGUUGCCAUUGGUUCAUUAUGGAUGUAAACAAGAUGAUCCAAAAUAAUUGCAAGUGUGGCUUAGGAAACCUCAGUGGCACACCAUUGUGAUUGUACCAAAGAGCACACAUUGAACAAAUUUAGAUCCAUCCAUUUCAGCAGAGUAUUUAUGCUUACGUUUACUUUUACUUUGAUUCAGCCAGGCAGACGCCCACAAACAUAAUGUAGUGAUUUUGCUGCAGAUAAAACUGAAAAAAGGCUCACCCCUACAAAGCACAUGCCACUCAGUGGUGUGCCAUAUAUCCACUGUUCCUCUUUGCUUAUUUCUGCACAAUACGCAGUUCUUUGAAGAUACAAAAAUCUUUUUUAAUGUUCAGUUUUAUGUAACCAAAAUAUAAACUCCCAAGGCUGGGGAUUUCUAAAGGGCACAGAGCCUUGUUCUGCAAUAAGAUCUAACGAGAUCCAUUACACAAGCCACUAAUAGUCGGAUAUAAUCUGACCUUUGGAGCGGUGGAAAGGCUGUCAAGUUGUGCGGUUCAUGCUCAGGUUUUAAUGUCGAGCCGGCUCUUUCAUCUGAGCAAACUUACAGGAGCAUGUGUGCCUGCAGCUGUAACCCCUUUGCUGAGGCAUGGUUUGAAACUGGGACAAACACUCAUGCAUGCUAGUGCUACAUGAGGCUGUCACAGCAGAGUCCCUGCAUGACCAUCAAAAUGUGUGCAGCAUACAAACAUGUUUCAAAGCUACCAGACCAGCGUCAGUUAACAGUGUUAAUGAAUUUCUUCCUGCAGCUGGCUCUUACCUCUGUCUGUUUCAUUCACACAGCCACUCAUCGGCAUCAUGGGCUCUGAGGAUGAGACACUCCAGGAAGCUGCCGCCGGCUGUGUGCGUAACAUCCGCCUGCUGGCCCAGGCCAACAGAGAGGACCGACUAUUUUGCCGACAAUAAAUUGAUCACAUCACCCCAGGAUCCACCUCCACACUGUGGUCAUGGCUGCCUCCUCCAAUGGCUUCACUCUGGUAGCACACUGUGUUUGGAUUUUUUAAAUAUUAUUUUAGAUCAUGUUAGAACUGCAGAAAAAGUGACUCAAUGUUGAAUCAUGAAAGACCUCUGGACCCUUUGUGGUUAAUUUAGCUUGAUUUCUGAUCUUUAGCUGCACAGAGAAAAGAGCUAGCAUGAACCCCCAAUGAUGCCCAGGCUUACAUCUUAGAACACAGAGCUGCCACGAUAUUGGAUUUUCAUCUCAUGAUUACUGUGGUCAUAAAAUAUCAUGAUAACAAUAUUAUCAUAAUAUUUAUAGAAAACUUUGUGAACACCACAAUGAGGAAACCACACAAACCACCACAAACGGAGGAAAAGUAAAGCAACACAUUACUUCAUAAACCUUACUAAUAAACACAGUGAAGUUACAUGUUUUCCAUUUCUAAUGAUGUUCAAACUGAUUUAUCCACAUCAUCAGCCCCUAGACUCAAAAUAAUGGUGUUUAAUUUUGAUAUUUUUUCCCCUCAUCUUUCAAAAUUGCUGUUAAAAAAGUUAAUCUUUCUUUUUCUGUUCAAUAAAGAAUGUGUGUCUGUCUGAGUGGAUGACAUAAACAUUUUGGAAUAGACAUCCAACUGCUAAAAGGGACCAUCAGUCAUUCAUUUUCAGAGCUUUCCUUCAUGUUGCUAAAUUAAAUGUCAGAUUUUAUUUAAA